UGCUUGCGCGAUCGCGGGCGCCGCUGCCGCAAGCACCCGGGUCCGCUCGAGGGGCGGGGUCUGGGCGGGGCGGAGACGGGCACGCCCCCUCGGCCUGCGGGCCCCGCCCCUCUCUCCCUCCUUCCCCAACGGACCGCAAUGAUUUAGAAGUUCAGGAAUCCCACGUGACGUCACCGGGGGGGUGAUGUAAUGCACUCUAAAUAGAAUGUAUUGUAAUCUUUGCUCAGUCCAACGUGGUCCCUUCACCCGGGCUCGGCUCUUGCCUUCUCCACACUUGUUUGGUCUGUUUACAUACUCCAUGUCUCUUUUGGAUGAGGUGGUUAUGAAUGUGGAGUUCCAGAUUUAUGAGGAAUCCAAGAUGAACUUGGAGCAGGAGAGGCCGUUUGUCUGCAGUGCCCCAGGCUGCUCUCAGCGUUUCCCAACAGAGGACCAUCUGAUGAUUCAUAGGCACAAGCAUGAGAUGACUUUGAAGUUUCCUUCGAUAAAAACAGACAACAUGCUAUCAGAUCAGACUCCAACGCCAACAAGAUUCCUGAAGAACUGUGAGGAGGUGGGUCUCUUCAGCGAGCUGGACUGCUCCUUUGAGCACGAGUUCAGGAAGGCUCAAGAGGAAGAGAGCAGCAAGAGGAAUAUCUCCAUGCACAAUACAGUUGGUGGGACCAUGACGGGGCCUGGAGCUCACCAGUUAGGCAGCUCACGGAUGCCCAACCACGACACCAGUGUUGUGAUUCAGCAAGCCAUGCCUUCACCCCAGUCCAGCUCAGUCAUCACGCAGGCUCCCUCCACCAACCGCCAGAUCGGGCCUGUCCCAGGCUCUCUAUCAUCUCUGCUCCAUCUCCACAACAGACAGAGACAGCCCAUGCCAGCCUCCAUGCCUGGAACCCUGCCCAACCCCACCAUGCCGGGAUCUUCUGCCGUCUUGAUGCCUAUGGAAAGGCAGAUGUCAGUGAACUCCAGCAUCAUGGGCAUGCAAGGUCCAAACCUUAGCAACCCCUGUGCUUCUCCCCAGGUUCAGCCCAUGCAUUCUGAAGCCAAAAUGGUUUUCUGCAUCAGAUAAUCGGGUCCCAAGCAUGUGAUUGGCGUGUGAUGUUGGAAGAGAAAUUUGGAGAAGUGCCCAACUCUGUGUUUAUUUGUCCACUGUGUGGAAAAAACAAAAUACUAUGGAACUCCUCUACAUUCUAGUUACGUCUUUGAUGCCACUCUACCUGCCCAAUGUCAUUAAGACACAUUUAAUCCCUAAUGUGCAGUUAUAGGAAUACUGUAUUAUUAUUAUUAUUAUUAGACAUAGUUCUUAGGUGUGACACUAUUUGGAAGGUUGGGAGUCUUGUCUCUAGCCAUCUGUACUUGAAAGGCAUGACCACACUUGACAUCCAUCACUGAGUGACCUUUAACCUAUGAUGUUUAGGGGCAGGGAGACCAGGCUUCCAAUACUCCAGGAGAGAGCUAUGUGUCUAUACUCUGCCAGGUGUUCAGAAAGCAGGCUCGUGUCUGUCUUGCCAAUAUAAAGUGGAUUUUCUGAGACUGUUUACCAGAGUUACAGGGAGUAGCACAUUCAUUUCUAAUAUAGUUAAAUUCCAGCACCAUCGUUCACAGCAGACGACUGGAAACGCAUUGCAGCAUUUCUUUUCUCUUUUCUUUCUUGUUCGCUUGUUUGUAUCAGAGAAGGGCUGUGCUUUCUAGCCGUGGGCGUGCAUCUAGAAUGCUGAUGGGCAGCCUGGGCUGUGCAUGACAGUCGUUGUGGGGAUGCUGUGGACCAUUCUGGGAGUUAAUCUGUCCUGAUACAUGACACACCCCCAGACACAGCCUGCUUUGUCACUGAUGUUGGGAACAUCGCCUAUUUGACCUGUAAUUCUUGACCCCAGGAAUCAACUGAACCCCCAGUGCUAGCAACCCCAGGCAAAUGAAAACUAUGGUCGAGGGAGCUCCCUCUGCUCUGCCACAGGCACUGUGAUGUGCCAGAUGGCACGGAGUCCACAGCAAAGCUUGCUAAGUCUUUUUGGAAUUGGCAAAUAUUUUUCAACUCAACUGCCACAGAGCCAAACCAAAUACUUGCUGGCAAAAUAAAGUUCAAAUUGGCAUCUGUUUUGGAGACCGGAGUAGUGCCAUUUACCACCCCCCUCCUUUUUGAAGGAAAAUAAAAAUGAACUAUAAAGGUGCUUAAGAAGAAACAGAAUUAAACCAUCCGUAUGUGUAUGAGUAAAAGUGUUGGGUCUGGGUCUGACACCUUCUGUUCCCAGCUAAAGGAUCCCUCAGUCUUCUUCUUUGCUAUGAAAUCUGUGUCCUUCUUUCAGACAAACUAGAGAUGGAAUGUAAAACUAUGAUUUCAAGCCGUGCAUCCCUGACAAUUGAUUAUUACUGGGUCUUAAAAUCACGAUUCAACUUUAAAAAAAAAUAAGAAAAGAAAAAGAAAGAGAAAGAAAAUGCCACCUCUCUUCUUGCUGCCAAAGAAGGAAAAUGAUUCCGCAGGUGGUACAGGCUUAUAAUUAUUUACAUGCAUGAACUGGAUCACAUGAUAUGGCAAAUUAGCUCUGAGUAAUGUCAGCUGGGAACAAAAGGGAACUGGCCUGUCCUUGUAAAAAUAGUGCUACCCCACAAAUGUUUGCUGAGUUAAAGGCACAGAGUAAGCGCCACUCUGCUGACUCAUGCUCUAAGUGAAUGAAUGCUUCCAGGCUGGUGGUGUCUGCACCCACGACUUGAUCUCAGAAGCUGUGCCUGAGAAGACAGCUUUUCUCUCUGCUCCCAGCUGACCAAUACACUAUUCCAGAGGGGAAAACAGCAGUGUUGCCUGCUGAUGUUUGGAAGAAUAGCUUUCGUGUAGCAGCCUGGAAAAGUGUCAAGUGGUCUUGAUCGGGGUGAUCAGCAUUUCUACUCUUCCUCUGCUCGUUGUGCCAACUGCUUGCUCCACUAUUGCUGCCUUUAACCAUACAGCGUUCUCUAGCAGCGUUUGGGCUUCACAGAUGAAAAGAUUCUAUGAAAUCCGGAGCAUUAAAGGGGGGAAGUCUUCCACGAUUUUCGUGUCAGCCAGAGCCUCCCCAGGCUUCUCUGAACUACAGGCUCUGUUGUUCUGCGCCUAAUUUUCUUCCUGUGCGAGACUGGAAUGGAUUCCAGAUUUCAGUGGAGACUCUCAUCUCACUGUUUUCAAGGGCUUUUCCUAAGGUCACACAGGGGCUUCUGUGAUGAAUGUCCUCGGCAGGGUGUGUUCUCAGAACACACUAGCAAACAGCUACUGAGAGGGAGUUGGCCUCACCUCACCACUGCCUGACUCCCAUAGAAAUUUUAAGCUAAGUGGUGCGAUUUUAAGGAAGAGCCAGCCAUAUUUAAUUUUUUUUGGAAAUGUAUCUCAACAACACCCAUCAUGCUUUUCCCUUGAGAGGAAAGCAGAAUAUAUACGUAUUCUUUAGAAAACAGAGUUUGGAGUAAUGCCAUUCCUCUCUUAGGAAUUGAAGGCAAUCUAAAGCCAGCAAUGUUCCUUCCAUUAUGAUAGACUGACCGGUCAUGCUGGAUUUCACUCAUUGAUGGUCAAUAGGUCAUCUAUAAGGAUGAUGGCUGUUAAUUGAAUAACUACUUAAAUAUGUGUCUGUGGAAUGAACACAGAAAUAAAAGCCCAGAGAGGCAAGACCUUUAUGGAUGAGGACAAUAAGACAGGCCCUUUUACCAGAGCAAGAGGGCUGUAGCCCUUGAGAGACUUAGGGAAAUCAAGUCUUCCAUAAAGCACACAGCUGGGCUCCAUUCUUGGACCUUUAGGUUUGAACCUGUCUUGUGCUUUUGUUGCCCAUCACCACUGAGGAAGCAGGGGCAGCAGCUCUGCCAUUGACUAAUGGCUUCCUCCUCACAGGCCUCAGACAACUGAGAAUUAGGGUGGUAUAGUGAGCGAGCCUUAGUUAAACAGUCACUUUGUUUUGAAUGUCAACCUGGGUGUGUUUGUGUUUGUCUUUCCCCUCCCUAAUUAUCAAGUGGGGUGACUGUUUGCCAUGUGGUGCCCCUUGGCCACCCACUGUCCAACAGAUAAGUCACGGGCAAACCCAACUCCCUGUGGAGCUGCCCAGAGAGUUUGUACCCAUGAAAGAGCAACUCCCUAGUAGCAUCUCCCUGGCACCCCUCAGAAAUGUAGGCCUGUUGGCUUCAAUCAGCCCCAGCUCCAUUUCCUAAAAGUGCAGGAGAAGAAGGCCAUGAAUGACUCCCUGUUCACUGAAGCUUCCCGGCGGGGCAGGAAGUGCUGUUGACUCUAAGGAAGCUCUCAUUAACUUUUGAGUCAUGCUAGCGGCCAUGUGUCUCUGCAGCUAGUAAUCAAAACACGAUGAUGGACUGGACUAAGUGACCAUAUAUUUUUUUUCAGAAUCCUCUUGCUCUGCUCUUCUGAAAACCACUGCCCAAGGAGCAGACUAAUAGGAAUUAUGUAAGAUUCCAUGAGAAUGUUUUUGCUAAUAUGUUCAACGUGUCUCAUUUUAUAGGCCAUUUGCCUCCUUAGAGUCCUGUGGUAGAAAAUAGUAAUUGUCAGCGUUAAUUAAGCACUUGUUUUGUACGUGGCAGGAAAGAUGGGAAGCAUGCUGUAAUGUCUUCUCAUUUAACCCUUUGACAGUCUGGUGAGAGUGGAACCUGAGAGGUUUUGAACACACAAGCAGCUGAUAGGAUAGAGUGCUGGCCCAUGAACCCCAGCUUUGAGCCUUGUCUGUGGAGAGCCCUUUACAAACUGCAAGGUGUUUUCAAAGGCAUGAUGCCACCGGAACUUCCUAGGAGCCUCGAAAACCCUUAUUUUCUAGACACAGCUUAAGAGACCCUUCGAACUGCACACUACAGAACCUGUUGAGGUCUGGUCACAGGCCUGCGUUUAGGUCUCCUUUGAUGGUUCCCUCUCCUUGCUAUGUCAUGCCCACUCUUGUUUUCCCAUGGCAAGCCUGCAUAGCAAAGCUUGGCCAUAUAAACCCAGAAGCAGGGCAACUGCUUAGCUUAUUGUACCUCUUCAAUUCUCUAGGCCUCUCUAAAUCCCAGAGGAAAGGCUUCUCCACAGUUGUUUGUAGCUAACACAGGGCCAGACCUUAUUGUCUUCUAUUAUUAAAGAAAUAAACAGCAUCUGAUGAGUUAGAGAGCUCCUUUCUGCUGGUUGAGAGUAGGACCUGUCAUCUGCUCUUUCAUUGUACCCAUUUACUGUGUGUGUGUGUGUGUGUGUGUGUGUGUGUGUGUGUGUGUGUUUGGGGGAUGUACCAUGUCACUUGUCAAAUGACAAGUAAAUGCUUAAAAUGCUUAGAUUCUGAGGCCAUUGAUAAUUCCACAGAGACAGAAUGAGUUCCUAUAGCAUUUUGUUCCCUGUGGAUCAGACUCCCAAACCCAAGAGAACACUUCUCUUGAAAACAAGAAUUAGAGUUUAUCAACAAACUGCAAAACACAAUGAGGCUCGGGAAUAUUUUAGGGACAUUGGGUAAACAAAGGGCUGAGGUCCAAGUCAUUAACUUGUCUAAGGUCAUAAACUGUCACAGGAGGAAGACUUGACUAGGAUUCCUACCGGUGGGGUACUUUCCAACGUGUCCUUUCUUAGAGUCCUUACUUCAGAGAGAAAUGCUGUGAAGCCUAUGGAGAGAGGAGAGACCCUGCUUUCCUUUCAUGCCGCUGGGAAACAAAACAAGGCCUCUUGUGGCCCAAAGGUAUAGGCCCAGCUCUCUGGCUGCUGGUGAGACUUUGUUGUGAAGACCUGGUACUAUCACAUUAUCCCAAUUCACAAGCCACAAACUGUUCAUACCACAGUUUUAUCUCUCAACAUCUAAUAUAAAUAGUCUAGAUUUUGCUUGUAGUAACCUAUGUUACCUUGUCUCAUCACUGUCUUCUUGGGGCUCCCGUGGAACUGGCUUGGCUCUUUGGAGUUCUGAAUUGGGGUUGGUUAAGGACUGAGGCUACUAAAUCAUGAAGGGAUGUUGAAAAAGAGCUAAGCUCAACUGGGUGUGGCGACACACACUUACUGUUCCAACACUAAGGAGACCAAGACAGGAGUCUCCCCACAAGUUUGAGGCCAGACCAGUGGGGCCCUGUCUCCAGAAAAAUUUCUCAGGCCUGGAGAGAUGAUGAUUCAGUGGUUAAGAGCAUUGGCUGCUUUUCCAGAGAAUGCAAGUUCAAUUCCCAGCAUCCAUAGUGGCUCACAACUUUUUGCAACACUAAUUCUAGAGAAUCUGAUGCUGUCUUUUGGUUCUCAUGGGCAUCAGGCAUGCAUAUGGUGCAUAGACACACAUGCAAGCAAAACACUCAUACUCAUAAUAAAAAAAGAGAAGAGAAAGACUCUCAGUCAGGUCCAUCCCUAUCCUGGCUCUCCCGGCACUCGGGCUUUCUCCUAGGACUCAUUGUCUUCUGGGUUUUAUUUCUUUCUCUUUCUGCCAGGAUCCACCCUGGUUUGGUCACCAUGACAAUAGGUGAAAUACAAUCUCCAUUGCUCAUGGCCUCUUGUCACGGAGCCCGGCACGUGCAUUGCUGGGUCUUGUUUUUGUAUUAGUUUAAUGUUCCUGAGCCUGAAGUCAGCCACAUCUGGACAAGGAACGCAGUCUGGUUGGGAACAUUCUCUGUCAAAGCUUUCGGGCGUGUCUUCCCCGUGUAUCUGUGUACGUGUGCACACACGUGUUUCCUUGUCUGCUUUGGAACACUGUGCAAACAAACGCUGCUUGUGUCACAGAAACCAAGGAGAAAAAAGAGAAAGUCUAGCCGAUCUGCUUGGAGGCAAACUGUGUUCUGCAGAGAUGGAGUUCGCUUUCUUUUCUCGGAGUGGGUAUAAUUUAUACUUUCCAAAAGUUUGGCCAGCACAGCUAAUAACAAAAGUUUGCUUUGUACUUUAGGAUUUUUUUUUUCCUUUAAUGUGCUAAAGACGGAGAGUUGUGGGAGAAAACUCAGACUUAGCAGUGAGCGGAGCCAGAGUGUUGAUUUUAAACCCGGUUUUCUUAAUGAAGCAAAAGGGAUUUAAUCAUCACCUCUAAAAUAACAGUACAUUUUUCUCCAGUGGAAUCCUUGUAAAAUUCUCUUUGUAUCCCAUUCCGCUUGGAAUGCUAGCUGAAAGUACUGUGUGAUACUCAUCUUAGCAUGAACUCAAAGUAUCACAAGGUUCUUAAGAUUAAGUCCCACCAACACAGGCAUAUGUCGACCGAGUUCAUUUCCAAACUCUCUGUGUAGUCACUAGAACGGAAGCCGUGUUUAAGCGGUUACACAACUGUGGCUUCUUAUCCUUAGACAGGCAAGUAAGGAACACGCUUGUACCGUAAUCCAGGGCCUGAGGAGUGAGAGUCACACAGGUAGAAUUUCAGAGCCUGCGUUUCACUUGUACUGCUUUAUGGAAUGUCCUUCUGUUGGCAGUACAGAGAAGCAGGCUGCAUUACGUUCCCAUAGUGUGCAAGGUUUCCGUCAUGCUCUCGGUCCUCCCAGACCCUCCUCCACUCACUUUCCCAGUGCCCCACCCAACAUCUGGCUGCCUGGCCUAUCCCCUUCUGUCCUUUCUGCUUACAGUCCGCUGGGGCCCUGUAAACUCCGUAUCAGACCUCACUCAAGUGGACCAUCUUGCAGAGGUCUUUUCAGCAGUGCAAGAGGGCAGACGUCAUGUGUUCUCUGAGGAUGAACUCAGGCUGGCCUCUGUUUCUCCUUUACUCACCAAGAAGCCCUCACUGACCCUGUCAGCUUUCUUGUCCAUGUCACCCUGUACAUGCCUUAGAGCACAGGACACUUUGGCAUUGUCCCAUCUCCCUAGUUUGCUAUACAUUGUUACGCACAUUGGUUUCCUGGUAAAUAUUGUUUAAGAAAAUGGAGGGGAAAUGUGACUAGCUUAAAGGUAUUCCUGUGACCUAAUAUGUCAUCUAAGACGGUGGCUUUUCGUUUGCUUUUUUUUUUUAAGUUGUAGGCAGAAGGCAAGGUUUUAGCUAUUCAUCCCAUGAAUGGUAAAUUUCCAGGACUCAGACAAGCCUGUGACAAGGAGAUGUUUGGCAUGUCUUUCCCACAACUAACCAAACAUGUGUGAGUUCCUGGGGUCUGCCAACCACAGCCAAGGGCAACACUUGCCAGAGAGGCCCAUGAUGAGACACCAGCUGAAGGUGAGGUGACCUGAUGUCAAGGGCAUUGACACUUUAGUAUUAAAAUCUGGUCAAGACAGGAUUCAAGGAAAACAAAACAAAACCCACAUAGACUCAUAGAUUCCAGGAUAGCUUGAGUUAUAUUUAAUAUAUGAUAGUAAAAUUUUGGAUACAUGUUAACAUUAAAUUUUUCCUUUUUGUCUUUUCUCUUUUUGUGUGAACUUGGCAGCACCCUCCACAGUUAACAUCCUGUGCUUUAGGGUUUAUAUUGUGAGUGUUUUUUCCUAUCAUGAAGUAUCUUUCAUAAACAUUUUAAUACUUCCAUGAUUUAUACCAUGGAUAUCAUAUAAAAAUGAACUAUUCUGUUAUUUUCAUCUCAGGAUAUUUGGAUUUUUCACUAGAAAUAGCUCUUUGAUCACAAAAGUAAAACAAACAGCUACCCCGAAACUACUUAAUCACCCCUUUGAUUAUUUCCUUAGCAGAGAGUCCCAGGAUUGCAAUUAAUGAUCAAAAGAAAUAGAAAGUUUAAAUACUACGUGUGCUUGUCAAAGUUCUUGAAACUUGUACCAAGUUUUAUUUCUUCCUGAAAUACAGGAGAUCAUGCGAAUUCCUCUCUUAUAGCCUUCAAGGAAUAAUAAGCAUUGUUAUUUUUGAAACAAAAUACCAGUUUUUGUUUGCACUUCCUAUAUCUCGGUUAAUGUUAGAUAUCAUUUUCUGCAUUUUCCACUUAACUUUCUUCUCUAAAGUUGUGUGCUUUGGUCUGAAGACAGCUACAGUGUACUUAUAUAUAAUAAAUAAAUAAAUCUUUUACAGGAAAAAAUUGAUAAUUUUUGGGAAAUAAUCAUGAAAAUAUUAAAGACAUGGAAAAUAUUUCAGAAAAAAUUUGAAAAAAUAAAACUGUGUGCUUUGCAUGCUCUCUCUCUCUCUCUCUCUCUCUCUCUCUCUCUCUCUAGUACAGUGCUGGGGAUUAGUCACACACUCUCCAUUGAGAUGUACCCCCAAGAUCCCAUUCUCCAGUUUUAAGACACGCUUUCUUUCUUCCCUUCUGUCCUCUUCUCUCUUUUCUCCUUCCUCUGAGACUCUCUUCCCUUCUCUCUUCUUUGUUACAGGGUCUUAAUAUAUUGCCUAGGCUAGUCUUGAACUCUUAGACUAAAGUCAUUCUCUCUCUUCAACCUCCUUAGUAGAAAAAGCGAUGUUUCUUUGUUUCUUACCUGUUGGCACUGACAUUCUGAGGAGUGAAUGGUGUAGCAAUCAGUUUUGUCAUUGCAUUUUUCAGAUUCUGACUAAUUAACUCUCACCCCUGCCUUAUUUCACUAAAUCUGUUCCUGUUCUGUAAGACCAGACACACACCUAAAAUGUGCUUUUAGUAGGUUUUUUUUCUCUAGACUUUUUGUUUGUUUUACCUCACUCUUUUUCUUGGAAGCAAUGUGGUAUUGUGGUUUGGGUUUUUUUUUUUUCUUCUUCUUCUUCUCCUAAUCUUCUUAAGCUUUCUGAUUUUUAUAGUUACUCAGACUAUUUAUUGCAAAGCUCUUGGCUUCCUCAGUGUGGCUCUACCACAUCUCCUGUGCUCAUCUCUCCAACCCUUUGUUCAUUCAAACCUUUGCUAAGGAGCUUCAGUGCUCAGACAAUUCACAGUGACCUGGGUAGGAUUGAACAGCUUCUGCUUCAACCCCAAGCCAAUAUCCAGCCAUGUUCACCUCACGUGUUGCUGUGUGACCAUAGGAGUUUAUUUUGGCUAGACUUCCCCAUCAUUCCUGGAGGGUUAAGUGUUGCUGAAUCCACUCUGAAUCGUAAACAUUAAACAGGAAGCAUGAGUAACUAAAGCCUCACAGGUGAGGUCAAUUAUUUUAAAGUUGAGCGAGUCCUCUGUUAACCUGGAUCUAACCUCCUUAUCUGUCUGGCUCCCAGAAGGGAAAGAUUUGAACACCUGGCAUAUGCCUGGCACCAAAUAUCUAUUUGUCUAAGGAAUGCAUAUGGGAUACUAACAUACAAUCAUAUCAAAUAUACGCUGUGUAUUAAUGGUCACUCCUGUUGCUGUAUGCCUUUUGUGUGGUAAGGAUUCAGUGAAAGACUGCGUGGGGAGCACUUGAACCACACAUUUCCAUGCAUUGUGUUAUUUAAUCCUACUAAUCCUCUGACAUAGCCAUCUCAUUUAUGCGGGCAUAUGAAUUAAUACACAGAGGACAUUGCCCAAAGCCAGGCAGCCAAGAAGUGGCAGUCCAAUGAUUUGGGCUUCAGACAUGGGCUUCAGAUAUGACCCUUUAAUGAUGAAUGUCUGCUCUGGUGACCUAAACACAGUGUGGGGAUUGGAUCGUAGCAGCCACAGGAGAGUGCUAAUGACGGGUGACCCAGCUGACACUUAGUGCCAUAUCAACCAUGCAGUGACAGUCAGUCAGGACACAUGACAGUGACAGUCCUGAGGUGUUUUCCUGGUCUGUUGUAACUCUCCUAACCAUGUGCAUACAUCAUUUCCCUGUACCCAGCAAGUGGGGAUUGGAAUCACAUUCCAGCCAUGACUCUAAUGGAGUAGUCCCACCUGGUCCUGCAUAGGGAGUUCAGCGCUCAGCUGUACCCAGGAGUUCAAAUCUCUACAGGUCUUCUUCCUCCCUUCCUUCCUCCCUCCCUCCCUCCCUUCUUUCCUUCCUUUUUAAGAUUUGAAAUUCUUUCUUGAGCUGAGAACUGUACACAUGGUCUUGUGCUUGCCUAAGUUUGAAAUCUUGAAUGCCGAACCAGAAAACAACGAAGUUUCCAUGUCUUUAAUAGUAAAUCAAGUUUGUAGUUUAAGAUCUCUGGGGCAUUUUCACACUAGUCUUCAGGCUAGACGGGGACAUGAAGCAUUGGGCACACUGCAAUUAAGAGUAAGAUGAGGCUAUUAUUUUCCUCAGAGAAUCAAGAGGCAGCAGUAAGUCAGUGCUGCCUGACUUAACGAUUUCACCUUUCAAAUUCUUUUCCAUUUCGGCAUCUAAAAUAUGGGGAUAACUACGAACAGGACUUCCUUUUGGAGGUUAAAUGGGGUAAUAGACUUAGCGCAUAGUAAUUUGUUUCUACAUGUUUUUUCUUUCUCCCACCCCCAUUUCAAAGGAUACUUUUCUGUUGCUGUUUUAAUUUGUUUAAACCAUGCUUGCGUGAACUCUAUAAUCUGAAAAAGAGAAGUUUGGGCUAUAAGAGAUAGUGAUUUACUUUCAAUCGUUCAAUAGAAGUGUGAUGACACUGGCCAUAGGAUUAAGGCCCCAAAUUCACUGGGUUGCUAUGGUCUUUAUGGAGACAUGGAUCUAGGAACCCAUGGGAUUUAUACAGCUGUCACCUUGCAUUUGCAGAUGAGUUAAAAUAUGUAAAAUAAAUGUGACUCUUAAUUCUUUUCAGAUUGUUCAAGACUUGCUUUAGAAAACACCUUAGAGGGUUUUCAAAAUUCAAACAUGCAAUUUUUAUGUGCCUAACUAGAAAUUUGGGAUAAUUCCUAAUCAUGGGAAUGCAAACAUAUCCUUGUCUUUAAGCAUUUUGCUGUGAAAAUGAAUACAAAGGAUAAGACAAUGAAGAAUUUAAUAAAGGUCAAAUUACAUUGCUUAAAUCAGACAUUUACUGCAGAAAUUGCUGUAAGUUUUACAGAUACUAGAAAUAUACCUUUCUCUGAGAUGCAACUGUAUGCUCAAUAUGACAUGAGUAUCCCCAUUCCAACUAGGGUAUUUUCUUCCUAAAACAAUAAUGGUCAUUCUUGGUUCAAAUGAGAACUUCUCUUGGAUUCUGAAAAUAGGCUCAGAUGAAUUGCUAGUAGCAGAGACAUUGGUCCCCAGUCCCUUGGACUCUGGUAACUACAUCUCUAGGAUGCUAGUAGGACAGCAAUUUGGCUAUCGAGCCCUUUGAAACAACCAUGAUAAUCAGAUGUGAAGACUUGAUUAUUUUCAAGUCCGAUGAAUGAGUCUAGCUGCUCUGUAGACCAGUGUGAGCUAUUUAAGAAUAUAGGAUCAUAGCAAAGACAUGCUCACCUCACUCCAUCACAGUAACAAACUCUGUCUCCUGGGAAUUUUCUUGAGGAACAAGUCUGGACAGAGCCAUGGCUUAAUGACUAGAGUUGUCUAAAACCAAGUUGUUCUAAAUACCAGUUCAGCAUAACACGGAGUAUGAGUUUGUAGGGAAAGAUGAGAUAAAGGGCUGUGUCACCUCCUCAGGCAAAGACAGCUGGUCACACUGUCACCAGGGAUGUCAUCCCUUUUGUUGCAUCAGAUCGGUUUUCACAGUUUUGUUGUGAGGAAAUGUCUCUAGCUUUCUACAGAGCGAUCAGUUCACUCAUUCAUCCUGUAACCCCAAAACCUUUAUCAGUUCACUCAUUCACCCUGUAACCCCAAAACCUUUAUCGAGCACUUUUAAGGUUCCACUUUACACUUGGUCCUUAGAAAUACACGAUAAAGACAUCGUGUUCCUAACGGAAGGAAGCCUUUAGGAAUUCACACCGUCAUGGAGGAAUCGGAUACACAAAUGGAUGAGUACGCGUGAUGAUACAGUCAGAUGCAGAACUGUGGAGUCUCCUUUAGCCGGGAAGGGGAGGGAAAGACUGCCCUGUAACUCUUUCAGAAGAUUCCACAGCCCCGUCCAGUCCCUGGGCUACGGAACAGUGGCGACCAGCAGCGUAUGGAUAUUUAAGUUAUAAAUUCACCAAAAUAAAUUACAAUCUAAAAUGCAGUGCUAAAUCUUAGUGCCUAAGUUGUAAGUAUAAAUAACGACCUGUGGCCAGUGACUCCCAUAGCAUACAGCGCACAUAGGAAUAUCCGUCACCACAGAAAUGCCUGUGUAUCAGCGCUUGCUAAUGUAAGCAAAUAUGAAGGGUGGGAAAGGCUGAUUUUCCAGGGAGAAUAUACAGUUGUUAAUCCCAAAGAUGGGAGGAAAAGACCACUGACCCAAAGCAUCAUGGCCAAAUUAAUUAAAGCAAGCAAUUAAUUAAAUCAAGCUCUUUUAUUGGUGUACACAGCCUGCCCCCCACCCCAAAAAGCAGGGUUUGAGAGCACAGAAUUAGAUGUGAGAAAUACAAGGCUUUUAUAGCAUAGGCAUAGUGGGUUUUCAGAUGGGGGAAAUGUAGCUCAGUAGUAGAGUGCUAUGUUUGUCCGGUGUGUAAGAAACUUUGCUUUUAAGUCCCUUAAAACAUGCGCACGGAGAUGCACACACAUGCUUAUAUAAAAAUUAUUUUUAAUUUAAUUUAGUCCAGGCUUUGUAACCCCAACUACCUGGGAGGCUGAAGCAGAAGGAUCAUAAGUUCAAGGCUAUCUGGACUACAGAAUGAAUUCAAAGCCAACCUGAGCAAUUUAGAGACCAUCUCAAAAUAAAUGUGAAACCAACAAAAAACAAACCAAAUGAACCAAAGCAUGCCUGGGGAUGUAGUUCAGUUCUCUAUGACUCAGCUGGCAUGUGGGAGAGCCUAAUUCAGUCCCAAAUACCAGGGGAAAUAAAUGGUACAUGCAACUGCAUCGUUCAUGCUCUCUCUCUUUCUCUCUCCCUCUCUCUCUCUCUCUCUCUCUCUCUCUCUCUCUCUGUCUCCUCCUUCUGUCUCUGUCUCUCUUUUGUGUCUGUCUCCUUCUCUGUCUCUGUGUCUGUCUGUCUCUCUCUGUCUCUUUCUGUCUUCCCCUCUCUAUAUCUGUCUCUUUGUCUUCCUCUCUAUCUUUGCGUCUAUCUCACUCUGUGUCUCUGUCUCCGUUUCUCUCUCUCUCUCUCUCUCUCUCUCUCUCUCUCUCUCUCUCUCUCUCUCUCUCUCUGUCUUCCAAGAACCCCAACCUCUAAAUAACUUACAUGCAUUACUCUCAGAAGGUGGCUCCUUUACUUGAGUUUGUUACUUCAAGUGUAAACACGUGUGUGUGUGUGUGUGUGUGUGUGUGUGUGUGUGUGUGUGUGUGUGUGUGUGUGUGUGUACAGAAGGAGAAUUUAGACUCGAAGCCAGUUUAUGGUCUGGGUGAAGUUGUUGUUCGUGAUCAGAGUCUUGAAGAUUUAUUAGAAUUCAGAAGGAGUAGUUGAAUUCAGUUCUUUACCUUGCUUUUAAAAGCCGUGAAGUUUUACUAAGCUGGUGUAGCACUGGAGUUCGGCAACCACCCAGGAAGUGAAGCCUCCUCUCCUACUGGCAUAUUCAUGAACAUCUUUCUGCUAAACCUCUCUUUGUGCUGCAGGGAGCUUAUUUGGCUCUGCUAACUUACAAGGAACAGCCUCCCUUCUAAAUGGUGUUAGUGUGGAUUAGUUCAGGGAACCAGAGCCAGAUCUUGUUUGCAUUGGAUGGCUGAAGAAAGGAUUUGGGUAGGGGGAGUGUUUCGGAUUAUGCAAAUCACUGGCUGAUCUGUAGGCUAGAAGCUCUUAGGGACUAAAAAGGCAGGUUUUUCCCUAACCACUUACUAACUGGUCAGUGAUCUAGCUCACAUUUCUGGAAUUACAGGGUAGACGACCUGGACAGGUGCAGCUAAAAGCGUUAGUAAGCAACCAUGAACCAGUGCUGUUUAUCCUGUGGGUUAUAAUAGUCAGGUCUCUUAAAAUUCACCCCUGGCAUGUUCCAGGCAGGUUUUUAACUAGUAGACUCUGCCAAUGGCCACUUCCCUUUUCCCUGGUAUUUUAGCUCUGCUGGGAAUGCCUACCAUUGAGAUCUUGGGUACCCUGGCAGCCACGAGGCCUUCCAUGGGUUACGAUGGUCCUUGUUUGAACAUCACCAGUCCUGGACAGUCUCCAGCCGGAUCGCUCCAAGUCAUCCCAGGAAAGAUGAACUCAAAAGAAUGAGAGAGACUUUGGUAAACAUCCUAUACAGUAUACAUGGAGUCCAGUGUACAGCAGGAUUUUUAGAAACGGUGUAAUAUCAUUAGUGAAAUAUGAGGCAAAUCAGUUUUCCAUACUUCCACUGACAAUCUCCUUUGAAAAGGUAUUACUAGCACUUACUUCUUAAUCGCUUCCAGUAGAAAAUUCUUCAAUAUACGUAGCCUUUGGAAAACAAAGGGCAGUAAGGAAGAGGACAUUAACGUUGGGAGGAAAGGAAGAUUUAUUUUAAUGUCCCAUUGUUAUUUGAUAUGCAUUUCUUACAUCUCUAAAUUUUAGUUAAAUGUAAAUUUACACAUGGAAAGGAAGCUCAAUGGUAUGCGCAGCCCUCUGGCUCCUGUGUUUAGCUUCCCAGCAUCAUGAGUUCAUAUGAACAUCUUACCUGGCCGGAUGAGGAUUUUAACAUGCUUGGCAAUGAACUGGCCCCAUUUGAUUAGAAGGCCUUGCAUUCUCAGAAUGCUAAGGAACUGAGCACCUAUCAAGUGAAUUUUCAGAGCGUCCCUUGGAUCUUCCUGGUCGGUCUUCUACAAACAGUUCCAGUUAAAGCAGUUCCCAAUUCUCACAAAUGUGGGUGGCGUUCCCACUGUGUUUAAAAGUCAGUCAUUCAGAACUCAAAAAACACUUUUCCUCACAAGACAUGUCAGAGACAACGACUUUCCCAGGGUUGCCUACAAAAGCCCUUUUAUUCCACAGUGCAUCAGACAGAUCCCUACAUGUUGCUAGAAGAGCGGAGGGGUGUGGGACCACAGUCCCCUUUCCACAUUCCCAAGGACCAAGGACGACACUUGUUGUUUGCUGUGGUGGCUGCCAUCUGGACUUCAGGAAGCAGAAAGGAAAGGGUUUUUCUUUGAAGAAAACUUGCUGUCUACAGCCACCCAGGGCACACACCAGGAUAAAAUGUAUUAUUUCCUCAUUUUGCCUUUGGGGUGCUGAGAAUUGGGCCUGGAUCACAGACUCGUAAGUCAAGCACACUUCUUUACUGAGCCCCAGUCGGAAGCAUUAAGAUACCUCUAUUCUUCUGUAAGUAGGCAUAUCUUGAAUUAUUUCUUCUUUUAUCAUUGUGAGCCCCAUUAUGGCAACUCUGCACCCUUCCUUGAUUUACAAAGUGGAGCCAUCUUGAUCAUAAAACGGUAGAAAUCAAUGUCCCUGCGAUUCGAUCCUAACAAGAGCACAUAUCUCCUACUGCUUUAAGAAACUGACAUUUUCAUAGACCUUAAAAAUAGCCAUAGUGAGCUGUUCCCACAUUCAAUUGACAUACUGUCACUUUCUAAUGUCAGAACAAUUGAUUGGUUCUUUUCCGUGUAGAAAGCAGAGAGAUGAGUGAUGGCUACAGUCUACAGAACGAUUAAGUCUACCUGCUGAGAGGGCUGAGCUCACUGAAACAGUUCUCUGUGCUUAUGCCACGUUCAAAUAAGAGUAAUCCUUCACCUUCUCCUCAACUCUGGCAAACCCAGUGUGGUCUAGUUAACAUUUUUGUACACCCGGAGGACAUAUUUAUAAUCCCCGAAACCAUAAGUCAUUUCCCAUCAACUCCCAUACCCAUAUUGUGAUGAGCUAGGGAAUUUUCCAGCCACUGUCACACACUCUUGCCUUUUCUGAGGGUGUUUUUACCAUAUGGGAGUGGACUUGAGGGCAAUGUCCAAUGAGAGGGCAAGAUCAGGUCCGGGUGCACAGCAGAACCUAUGGAGAUGGACAACAGAAAACAGAGGAAACUGCUGCCCCUUGUGGGCUUGUGAGAAAAGCGCCCCAGCUGCAUGGCUUUUUAAAUGGCAGAUGUCAUUGGAGGCUGAAAGCUCCAAGUUCAAAGAAUCUACAGGGUUGGCUCCUUUGAAGCACUAAGGUGAACGGGAUCUAUUGCAGGCCUUUCUCCUUGGUUUGUAGAAGACUAUCUUCCCCCUAUGUCUUUACAAAGUCUUCCCUUUGUGUGCUCCCCCUCCUCCCCCAUUGUUGUUCUCCUCCCCCCUUCCUCCUCUUCUUCCUCUUUUUUCUUCCUCUUCUUCUGACCUCAUUUUGGCGUUAAAGGAUCUAUCUAUAAACAAAAUCUCACUCUGGAGUAUUGAGAAUUAGGAGUUCAUCACAUAUAUUUGGGCAAGAGGCAAACAAGAACUGGAAAUCACAGAUGCUUCCAAAAGCAGAUCCUUAUAUCUAAAACAUGUAGGGGUUGGGAGGGGACUCAGUAGAUAGAUUUUUUAAAAAGUACUUGCUAGGCAAGCAGGAGCGUCUGAGCCUGACAUCAGAAGCUGGCCUUGUGGUCCGCGCUUGCUAUCCCAGUGCUGGGGAGCCGAAGACAUGAGGGUUCCAUAGGCUUGCUGGCUUGCUGGCCAGUCAAUCUAGGAAAAUAAGUGAGUGGCGGGCUUGGUGGGAGGGCCUGCUUCAAAAAGUAAGAUGAUGUGUGAUGGAGGAAGAUAACUCAGGCUUGUGCAUGAGCAUACAUGGCUCUGUGUGCACACGCAUACAACACAGACACAUGAAUAUAAUCACGCACGCACGCACACACGCAACCUCUGAGCCCCAAUUUCUCUUUAUAAAAUUAAGUCUUGAAUUCCAGAGAACGUUUUGUGAGAAUCUGUAAAGCCCAACUUUACUGUGCUGGUCUUACUAAUGGAUCUUCCUUGAUCUUUGAUCUUCCUUGAUCUAUACAGAGCUUGUGGAAUGGUCCAUUUCUGGGUCUGGAAAGCAGAGGAGAGAGGUCCCAAGCACAAACCUUCAUUGUACUUUCUCUCAGAGACACAUACAUGCAUUUGGAAGACUGAGAAUGGGUGUCUGUGUCAGGUUUAUACCUUGAGUACCUUUCUGCCUCCCCCUGGCACUUCUGUAGAAGAAACAAGGCGUUAUUAUGUCACAGUCACACCUGCUAGCCAGAUUUUGCCAAACGCCCAGUGCUCAGGUGUUCUCAGAAGAAGAGUGAAAGUGUGUUUGCCUGUUUUCAGCUUUGGAGAAGGUGAUAUAAGCUAUAGAAAAAUGGGAACUUGAGAAAGGCUCUUUCUAAUCAAGUCCUUCAGCAGCUGGUCCCUGACCUACACACAUUCUGUUUGAGAAACCUUCAGUUUCUAAUGAAGCUUAAUUGAUUAGGUCUAUUUGUACAAAGCUCAGGCCCUAAUAAGCAAGCUCCCACUGGGACAGAGCUAAAUAGUUUAUGAGGUAAUUUGUAUUUUAAUGUCUUUCCUAAUGAGUCCUUUCAGUAAUGAAACCCCCCUGAGAAAACUUUAUUGCUUCAUAGACAUUUCUUAGGAUACCAGGGCAGGAAGGCUGAGCAGGAAGCUUUGGCUCUGGUGGAGAAAACAGUUCUCAGAUCAAAACAAAUCGUGUUCUUUGUUUUUUCAAAAAGUUCGAAUGUGACCGUGUGUCUUGCUUUCUAAACUCUGGCCUUUAAUCCCAAUUUUCAUAUUAAAAACAAGAUUUUCUUGUCUGAAGCUCUGUAAUCUGCUGGCUUUUUAGAAAGCAAACCAUAUGAGGGCUUCCAGUGAACAAGAAGGUUGUUUGAAAGGAAAAGAAGGCACAAACACUCACAUCCAGACACACACAGACACACAGAUACAAAGACACAUACACACACCACUUACCAUAUGACACAACAUAUUCUCCAGGUUAUAUCUCAGCCAUGUUAGUCCCUUCUCUUAAUAGCUAAUAAAUGCAUCAAUCACUCCUCAUUAAGGAUAAAGCCAAAAGGAAUGUAUACUAAGGAAGCACUUUACACAUGAAAAAUGGCUGAGAAACAAAACAGUUACUUGUAGACACUCGUAGAGAGAAUGGAGUCUAUCACUCUUUAAGAGACUGAGGAAGCAGCAUCCUGGAUUUUUCUAGCACCCUCUAUAACCUCUAAGAGUGAAGGAACUCGACUUUCUUCUCCUAGAGCUGAAUAGAAAGAUUCAUAUGUUCUUGAAUACCAUCUGAAGUCUGACACUCAGGCAAGGAAUUCCAGUCUCAAAGGGUUUCCCUGGGCUCUUCUUCUGAGGGGAGGGACAUGCUAGCUAAGACCCUGGUGUAGUCUUACCACGCUGAUGGUAUACCUAUGGCCAGUUCUGCCUAUCCUGGGGUACUUGAAAAAACACAAAGAUCAAAGCUUCCAUCAGAUAUUAGACACCGAAGAGCAACCUUUGUUUAUCAGCAUCCCCUCACCUUUGGUCUGUUAAUAACACCCCUUCCCCAUGAGAACAGCUUUCUCAGGUGGAUACAGAAGAGAGCCGAAGUCAUCUGGAAGAUGUUCCAUGAGUCCUCACUGGAGUCACAAAGCCUCCUGAUGCCUUUGUUCCCCAGGAGAGCUAGAACAAUAUACCAUGACAAGGAAGAGACUCUUCUUGGGCCUGUGGCCAUGUGUCUGACUUCAGAUUACGGUUCAUUACCUGAUAGCUUUGGAUAAGCAGGAUAAAAACAUAGUGGCAUAAUAGGAUGUGAGUUUUAAUAACAUACCUGUAGGCCACUAGGAUUAGGGACAAGGAAGACGGGUAGUGUUUUCUUUCCUUUUUCUACUAGCAACACCAGGGUUCAUGGUAGGCUGCAAAAGCCUAAAUCUACAAAAGACAAACAUGAAAAGUAAGUCAUUUGACAUGCAAGGUGAACAGCUCAAGUUUUAUAUGAGUAAUACAAGCAAAGAAACCUGCAAGAAAACCUUGAAAUCCACCAUAACUCUACAUCACCAAAAAGAAUAAUGUAAAAGCCCUUAGCCCAAAAGCAGAGAGAUUCCACUUAGGGAUAGAAUACAUUCUUGUCAUUGGAGUUGUUACGGUGAAAGCCCUGGGCUCUGGAAGCCCUAACUAAUUAGGUUCAGCUACCUGUGCCCAGUAGUCUAAUUAAACAAGCUAAAUCAGAGUGAAAACCAGAGAAAGAUUUGUUCAGUGUGGCAAUACUGGGAAGGAGAACAAAACCAAUAAACAAACAAACAAACAAACAAACAAACAAACCAGGGCAAACAAAAAACACUGGUGACCCCUCAAGUCCAUUUUUGAGGUUCUGACGUGAAGUCUAGAUUUAAGAAGAGACAAUAGAUUUGGAUUAGUGGUCCUGCCCACCACUGAGCCAUCACUGUCUAGGUUCUAGUCCUUUCAACAAGUUGGCAGAAGUAUAUGACAUCUCUCACUGGGAGAUAAGUGUCUUCUCUUAUUAACCUUUCCUUUUCCUUGUGUGAGAUUCCUGGAGAAACUCUGGUCUCUUGGAGAAUGGCCAUUUCAUUAAUCUGAUGGCCAAAGAAGGGCACACAUGUAUCUCAGUAGAAAACCUUCUUCCUUACCAUGAUGGUUAUACUCUGAUUGUGGAAACUCUUUUUAAGUAUAGAGGAUGUGUCUCUGACAAGAAAGUGGUCUAAGAAGAAAAUGCCAGAGUGCUGAAGGGGGCCAAUCAAAAGUUGCAGGCAGACUUUGUUGUGGCACCCUCAUCCUUCAGAAGUGAAGAUUCAGCAUGCGUGAGAUAAAUGAGUCUAGAACUUGGCCUCUGGUAUACAAUGCGGAGCCAAGAAGCUUCUACCUAACUAGCCCCAAAAGUUACUAUCACAUGCAUGGGGGCACGGGCCACAGCAUAUGACUAGGAAUGCAGAAUUGUUUGUAGAUGUUGGCCUUCAGACAGUGAAUUCUGUGAUCCCAUGUGUUUCCACCUGGGCAAGGACUUAGUGACAAAGGUGAGGAGGUCUCACCACAUUUUCCUUGCCAAUGAGUUGCCAGUGUAGCACAGAGAAAGUAUAAAAGAGUAGGUGAGUGAAAUUUAUGAAUUUGAUAGUUUCAUUUAGCAUCUCAAGCUGUGGAAAUUUUAUGAUCCCACUGAAAUAACCCUGGUCCACUCUACCUUUGUUUUGUGGAAGCAGGGGGAGCUUUGUAAAUAGUCUCCCGGCCUUCUACUGACCAGGCCUCUACUUACAUAACCAGCUCCUGUUCUAUGGGUAUCUCAGCACCUCUGAAAGCAGAGAUCUCAACAGGGAGAACUAAUUUCAGUGACUUAUCCUAACAGCAUUCUGUGUGAGACGAGUCAGCUCCUUCCCACUUACUUAUGAGUUAAUUGGUAUUUAAAUGCAAGUCUUCAGGCCAGUGAUUUAUUUUAAUAAUAUGUUAGCCCCAUGGCAGGCCCAUGACUUCAUGACUGCAACAGUGGAGAAAGGGCAUACCGCCCUGACAGAUGUCUCAGAGGCUGAUUUACGAGGCUCUCCUCUCUUCUUGAGUCACUCUUGCCUCCUCUGCCUCAAGCCCCUUUGAGUGGCUCCCAGCUGUUGGGGCCCCCAUCCACCCAUCUGCUGGAACAACAGUUAAAAGAAGGGAGUGGGCUGAGUACAACUAACUGGGAUGAAGUUAUUCCUGGAUAAAAAAUAUUGGACUCCGUGAGUAGUGAGGCAGAGGCAUACUGCCCAGUUGUGACCAGUUCCACUCACCUCUAUUAAAACAGAAGACUACGGGUGCUGGUAUUAAAUCAGUCUUUAUUGUUCUGAGCACUUAGCAAAUGUCAUACACACUUGCAUUGGCCUUACUACAUCCAUCUCCACAAUGAUGGAGUCAUCAGACUCUUCAAGAUCAUCUUGAGGAUUUUUCAAGAUGAUCUGGAAGGUUAUUUUGUGUUUAUUGGGUUGCCAGGGCACCCAGUACAUCAGUAUGAGGGGAAGUAUUUAAUAACAGAUUUUUACGCAAGGCAAAUAAUUUUAUGUCUCAGAAGUAGAAUCUAAUUGGCCAAGAAGUUGGCCCAAAGCUGAAAUUUGACAUCAUUCUUGGCAACUAAUAGGUCUUUUUUUUUAUAUAUAAAAUAUAACAUGCACAAUAUAAAAAGUACACUAUAUCCUUUCUAGAUAUAACAGACUGAAAAUAUGACUGUUAAUAAUGAAUCAGUUUAUGUAAAUGACACAAGCUACAAUAGUCAUUCUUUAUUCAUGGAGGAUUACAGCUCAAGACCUACAGUGGAUGUCUAACCACGGAUGGUAUUGAACCUAUAAUUUAUUGCAUCUUUCAUAUUAACUGUUUAUCACAUACUGUGGCCCAUAACAUUGUAGAUUCCUUUUUCCUUUUACAGUUUUGUUUUUACUAGGGAUCAUAGCAAUAUCAACACGCAUUAUUUUCUUUAUUUUUCAGUUUUCGCUUUCAUUUACUUUUUUUUGUGUUUGUUUAGGGUUUUUUUUUUCUUUUUCUAAGACAACAUUUCCUUUUGCAGGCCUGGCUGCUCUGGAACUACUCUAUAGACCAGGCUGAGUCUCAGAGAUCUGAAACUCAGAGAUUGGCCUGCCUCUGCCUCCCAGGGGCUGAGACUAUGCCUGGCUUUUUUCAUUUAAAUUCAAAUGAGGAACAUCCUAGAUUUUCUUAGACAUAUUUGAAUCACUAGCACCUCUCCUCUUGUACUUUGGGAGUGCUAGUAAAUAAAAUAAAGGUUACCUGAACAAAAGCAAUAUGCCCAGGUAGUUGCUCUUACGACCAAGAAGGUUGUAGAGUGACCAACACGUGAGUCACAUGAAGAGAGCAGAUACUGGAGAGAGCAGUGAAUCACUUCCAGGGUUGACUGUGUAAGAAUCCAUCGUGCCACUUAGAAGAGGAAUCAGGGACUUACGAGUGAAACAUGUCUUGACUUUCCAAUUUAAUAUUUCUAUGUCACGACUGACCAUGUGUAACAGAACCUCACCAGAGUGGAAAGCUCUGAAUCAGGCAGGGGACGACAGCAUCUCCUAAAAACUGUCAGUCGUAGUGACAGCAUCUCCUAAAAACUGUCAGUCGUAGUAACCACUAAACAUUUUCCUCUUGUCUUUAGCAUUUUUGAUAUGCAGGUAUACAGAGCAUAUUUGUAUAAUAUAUAACCGAUAACUGCAUCCCUGGAACAAGACUGUCAGCAGUCAUUGCCAACUAGGGGUAUGCUUCUAUAUUGUUCUCCUGAAUAGAGAUCACCCAUGUCCUGAAGUCUGUACUCAACAUGUUUUAAAAUGUGUUUAUCAUGAACGUACGUUGCUACAAUGAAGCACCAUGACCAGAACUGCAUUAUGCGUAUUUUAAAUGACAUAUUGCUAAAGUUUUAGUUUUGAGCUUUCUAGUGGAUGGUAUCAUUAUAGCCCAGAGUUGCUUUUUUUAUUCUGUAUUGGAUUAUUUCCAGAAAGGAAACUCAUGGAUCUCAUUUUCAAAAGGAGAACGGUCAGGUGUUUUCCUUAUCUUUUUAUCACUGUGCCUGAUAAGAAGACAGUUAAAGGAGGGGAGGUUCGUUUAGGCUCACAGUCGAAGGGGAUACUGUGGGUCAAGAUGCAGAGCACGGUGGGUUAGCUUCAGAGGAGCAGGAAGGGAGACAGCUGUCUUUCCACAUCCACAAGAGUCUGGAAAUAGAUCUAGGACAGGAAGCAGGCCCAGGGUGCCAAUGGAAACCACCAUUCAGAAGCCUCCCUUGGGUAAGUCUCAGAUCCUAAAGGUUCCAUAAACUCCCAAAAGGUCACCAGCUAGGGACCAAGUGUCAGGCACAUGAGGCAUUUAUUAUCAAAUCUUAACAAUAUGUUAAUCACAUCUAAUCUUUAUCAUAGAUACUUAAUAUGUAAGAAGCAGAACUGGAGGAUCAAUGUAAAAUACAUGACCCUUCUUCAAGUGAAAGGUCUUAGAAGUUUCUAUAUCCAUUUUAAUUGAUAAAAGAUAAUUACAGCAUAUGCAUUUCAUCUUUUUCUUAAUGUUUUAACAGUGCAGUAACUAAAUCCAGAGAAAGUAUAGUUUACAAGAUACAUUUAAAAACUAAUUAUCACAUAAUAACUAUCAAAUUAGAUAUACUUUAAUUUUUUUCCACUUAAGUGUGUAACUGUGUGUCAUGAAGUGAACUCAAAAUCUAGCCUUUAUGGGGCGGAUGUGCCAGGUAAUGAAAUUUCAGGUUUCCAUCAACUUCAGACCAGGCUAAACUCAGGCCUUCGUAGUCCCACAUAAGCUUCAAUUCUCAACUGACUGAAUAUGGAUUAAAAAAAAAGUUUGGGGGGUUGGGGAUUUAGCUCAGUGGUAGAGCGCUUGCCUAGGAAGCGCAAGGCCCUGGGUUCGGUCCCCAGCUCCGAAAAAAAGAACCAAAAAAAAAAAGUUUGGGACUGAGAAGGAUAUGUCUGAUCACCUUAUCAAAAUGAAAUGGCACAUGCCAGGGUAUAAAGAGUCUACGUAGGUUUCUAGGCUUCAUCCAAACAAAUAAGAAAAUGCCUUUUCCUUUCUGUCCAUGAAAAGAAGCCAUUCCUUGGGUCAAACACUGGGAAGAGCAGGCAGAGCAAGCCACCAGAGCGUGGCCCAGUGGGCAGGGUGGCACAGAGGUGUGUCUAGCUCUCUGGGUAUCUCUUACUUCAGCUGGCAUUCUCUCCCUGCUUUAAAGACAAUCCUGGCUUUGCUGUCAUUUCAUUCAAAGAAGGAAACUAACAGAUCUGGGAUUUGCAUGUUCAGAACAUGGAGACCCUCAGGACUUUGGUUGUACAGGGCUCUUAGAUUUUAUCAGAUAGGGGCUUGAGUAGCCAUUUCAAAAUUACAAUUUUCUGCUCUACUAUUUAUUUGUGUGGGCUAUUUGCGUGGUUUACAAAAAUCUAGGAGACGUGCUUUCCACCUCCUUGUAAGACUAAGUUACUCAGUUGUAUAAAAAAAAUGUGUAUUAUAGGUACAUUUUUUAUUGUGAAUGUUGCAAUUCUUUCUUAGCUUUCAUUUUGAAAUAGCUUUAGACAUAUGUAAAUGUUGCCAAAGUAGCGCAGCAAACUCACAAAUUCACCAAGGCUUCUAUAAUAGUAACAUCUUUGGUAAACUUAAUAUAAUUAUCAAAACCAGGCAAGCCCACAGACUCCGCUUUUAGCUGAACCGCAGACCACCUCCGUUUCCUCGCCGUGCUCUCGGGCAUCUCUGUCCUCCAGCUCCAGCAUCCAGGGCCACUGCUACAUUUAGUUGUCAAGUGUCUUCCUCGGUCUCAUUUAACCCAUGGGUAGUUUUCGUCUUUCAUUUAUGAUCUUGACCUUUGAAUACUUUGAUACUGACCAAUGUGGUCAGUACUUUUUGUAGCGUGUUCUUAACUUUGUGUUUCCUUGUGAUUAGACUAAGGUUACGCAAGUGUAUGCAAGCGUUAGAAGUUUUUAGAAAAGAUGACCAUGCAGAAGUGAUGUCCCACUUUUUUGGCAUGUAGUGUCAGAAGAUAUGUGACAGUAUGUGUGUGUGUGUGUGUGUGUGUGUGUGUGUGUGUGUGUGUGUGUGUGAGAGAGAGAGACAGACAGACAGACAGACAGACACAUAGAGACAGAGACAGAGAGACAGAGAGACAAAGAGAGACAGAGACACAGACACACAGAGAGACAGAGACAGAAAGACAAAGAGAGACAGAGAGACAAAGAGAGAGAGAGAGAGAGAGAGAGAGAGGUGAGUUCAUGUGUGUGAGUGCAUACAUGUGUGUGCCAUUGAAUAUAUGUAGAAAGGCAAAAGUCAGCCUCUGGUGGGGAGACCACUGUUUCCUGCAGCACCCACUGCACCAGCUGGCCCUUGAGCUCCUGGGGAGUCUCCGGGCUCCACCUUCCUUCACACAGGAACACGGGGAUUACAGAUGCUAUGCCCCACUCUACAUAACUCCUGGGUGUUUGGACUCAGGUCCUCACCCCUGUGCAUUGUCUUAGCGUUACCUACCAAGCCAUCUUGUCAGCUACGGCUUUGUGAGAAAAGAACACUCAGUUUUAAGGAAAACAGCCACACACAAAUCUGAACUGGUGAGGGGAGUAUUGAUCUCACCUGAAUUAACAAAAUUUUUACUUUCCAACGGAUUUAAUCUAGAUUUCAAUUGAAUAACAGCCUUAGUUGUAGUAAUUUCAAGUCUGGCUCCUUUAAUAAAUGUUGCCAGCUAUAUAGCUUUUUUUUGAGGCGGGGUCUCUAACACUGUUCUCUUCAAAGAUAAACUGCCUGCCUUCUCAAAUAAUACGUAGAUAUCCUUGGAUGUAGUUAGGGAACUAAGUGGGAUUCUUGUACCUGGCAAGAUACUGAUGGAAGGAAAAAAACUGACCUUGCCUUUGCUCAUUGUCCUUAAGAUUUUUUUUAAAAAGAAAUCUUUUUACUACUAGAAUCAAUAGCUUGGAAAAUUAAACAUGUCUUUGGGGAAGGAAUAGUCUAAGAGGUACUGAUCCAUACUUAGUGUCAGUGUAGACAGAGUGGAUGUCACUCAAAUCCUAUACACCUGGUCCUGCUUCCUGGGGACAGUUUGGAAACAGGUACAAGACACUUUUAGGACAUUAGCCUUGAGGGCAUCUGUAACCUCCAGUUCUACCCCAAAGGAUCUGCCCAGAGAAGGAUAGUCCCAGAUGCAGGCAGGAGGCUAAUCAGUUAUCCACUGCCACACCGCCAUUGAGAGCUGUGGAAGUCACUAUGUACCUGUUAGUAAGGAAAGAGUGGAACGUGAUGCUUUCGAAACCAAUAAAUGAUCACAGCAUUUAUUUAUUAUGUGGAAAAAUAAAAAUAUCCUCUAUAUUGUUUGAAAGUGUUCGUUUAUUCUCUCUCUCUCUCUCUCUCUCUCUCUCUCUCUCUCUCUCUCUCUCUCUGAGGAAGCUGUCAUUAACAGUGAGGAUUAUGUUUGGUGGCUAUUUUCUUCCCUGGGUUGUUUUCCAGGCUCUUCUCGGGGACAGGGCGCAGGUAUUUUAAAAAACCGAAACUUGCAGUCACCCCGCAGGUGCCCUUUAGGAAGCUUGUUGAACCCUCCGAUUUCCUCUUUCAAUAGCAGCCAUUGAAACUUUAAAAAGAACCAAAUGACAUUUAAAAAAAAUGGCACUCGUGGACAUCCAGUUUCUCACUGCUAUGAACUGCAUGCUUAAAUAAGUCAGACAAUGAAACGGCUCUAAUACUUAUCCUGGGGACAUCUUUAUGGACAGAGAUUUGUAAGCGAAACCCACUUCUUUUCUCCGUAUAAAACACUCCCAUGGCAUGCUUCCUUCUGUAUGGAUCAUCUCUCUAGAUUUCAAAAUUAUUAAAAAUAUGUUUUAGCUCAACAAAGUAUGCUACUCUAGUGUCCCAUCUCCAUCAAAGUAAAAGGCUUCCAUAAAUUUUCUUUUAAAAAAUAUGUAUCCGUAUUCGAAGAAAGAAAAUUGAUAACUAAAUUGUCUAUGGUGAACUUAAGAGAAGAGAAGCCUGCCAGGAAAUACAGAUUCUCAUUUAAAUAAAAGUUAGAAAAAUACAUUUUUUGUUUAUGUUCUUCAAGGCUAGUCUUUGAACUAAAACUGAUUAAACAACAACAAAAACUCUCUCAAGCUCAUCAGAUCACAAAAGCCAAAUAUCUAGGUUUCAUUUUUAAUCAAACAGGCUAAAUAUUCAUGUUUAUGUGGCUAAAUGAAGCUUUUGUAUGCAGUGCUCCAGUCCUUCUCCAUGAAUAGUGGCAUUGUGGCUGGGUGAGGUCACUGCAGGGGACAGUGAGGUAAGAUCACAGCUGAGACCACAGGCCCCUCUGCUGCACCCUGCACCAGCUCUCUCGAAGCCAGAGAGCGGCCGUUCACCACCAAAGGCCCUCAGUUUGUUUGUGCCGGGCUGUGGCCCCUCUUGCCUGCGUACAGGGAUGGCACCAUGCGCCGUGAAUAAUUCAAGUGUUCCGUGAGGACCAGAACUGCAAGAAAGAGCAUGUGGUUGGCCAGGACUGCAGCAUUCUAUGGUUUCUGCUCCUUUAAACAUCCCUGGUGGCCACCUGCUCUGUGAUGAAAGACUGUGCCUUUCACUUCCCCCGGCUCUGUGACAGGAUCCGUGAGGGAUGGCUGCCGUAGUUAUGGGACUGUACCUUGAUGCGCUUGCCUCCCAUGCAGUGACAGGCUGUCACCCGCAGAUUCAUUAAGGAUGAAUGAUGGCUCAUAUUUUACCUACACUUCCUACUAACCAGACAGAGGAAUGAGUCAGUUGCCAAGAGUGUGUUGGCAAGCAGCCCCUGGCUAACAGUCUUAGCACUGGGAGAACAUGAAAAAAGUUUACUCUCCUUUCCCCUUCAACAAGAUCUCUAAGAUUUGACCCCCUACUGUACAGCGCUGGGAGGUCCUUUGAUCUCCACUCAAUAUCAAAUGGCAUUCAACUUAGAUAAAGAGACAGCGUUGAGAUACCAAUGCCCAGCCUUUUCUUGUGUCUGCCCCUGCAGUUGUCACAGCAACAGGGUCAUCAACUUUUAACAACCUCAUAGAAAAUUAUCUCCUUCAAGGUCCAGGCAUCCCAUAACUGCACCUUCUAUCUACUUUAUCGGUGAGGAUGGGAAGGUAGAUUUCUUAGACUGCGCUCUGUUAAUUACACAUUGACUGUCCCUACUGGGGAUAAGCAAAGCAUUGAGGCUGACUAGGCUAGGCAGCCGCGUGUGACUUACAUGAUGAUCUUAUAUGACAAGCAUAUGCCUCGGCCAAUUGAGGGAUCAGGAUGUUAACACUAAAUGGUUAGAUCCAUGUGCCACAGGCAUGGCGUGGAGAGAAGGUGCUCUAGACACUUCUGUCAGGAAAACGAUCCUCUGAACUUGGACAGAUGUCUUGGGAGAGGGGGCAGAAACUGAGCAGGUCACUGGAGGUGUAAUGGGCCUGUGUCUCAGUUCACCUGAACAGACUGUGGAGGAGGGUCGUUGGGCCUCACACAAGCAGCUGCUCAAGACCCUGUCACCAGCAGAUUUGCUACUCUGGAACAUGGAUUGGUGUGAGAGAGACCAGAGGACUUGGUGGAGAGACACAUUUGGUUCUAGUAACCAGGGAUCUCUGGAACACCAGACAGGGGAAAUGGACAUCAUCUUUUGGGCAAUAGGAAUCACAACAGGAUUUGGAGCAGGAGGGACAAGAUGACAUUACUUUUUCUGUGCCAUGAAUCAGGAAGUGUUGUGGAGCACACGUCAACUCAGAAUAAUGAACAAAAAAACUUCACCAAGCUGGAAAUACCACAAUCUAUGCUCUGGGGAGGUGAACUAAAUUAUGACUCCUGCUCAUUUCUGCUGAACACUGAUCCUGAUGGUUCUCACUAUAAACAGAAUGAAUGCUGUCAGCCAAAGGCCUAACCAUGACUCGGAUGGCCACUAAAUCUACAUGCAUUGGACACUAGAGUGUACUUCUGCUGUUCGUUAAUUUAUUAAUUCUUUCAUCAAACAUUUGUAUGAUUCUACUGUGCCUCAAGCACCAUGGGUGUAAGUAGAAAGGAAAAAAAAAUCAAAUAAACUCUGCUGUACAGGAAUGUAUCUCAAUUUUCUGUAGAUUUUGAUAGAACACGAGGAUGUGCAGAAGCACAGAAUGGCUGGCAUAGCCGGUUCUGAGGAAUGCAAACCUUCCUAGUCAGAAGGCGCUGCAGCUCACGUCCUGGUCUUGGUGGUUAGUGACUGUGUGGCUCUGCACGUAAGAUGAACUCAGUGUAGGUGGCAAGGCAAGGCCAGAGGAAGGACCCAUGCUCAGCCUUUGUCAUCCAGGGGUUCCUCAGCUUUUCAUUGCUGUGACAAAAACACUUGAUAAACACAACUUAAAAAGCAGCAGCUGUAUCUUGGCAGAUGAUUUUAUAGGUUUCUGGCCUCAGUGUCCAAACAUCGUACUGGAAAAUGUGUCAUAUGCAGUCUAGAAAAGCUGCUCAAUUUGUGGGGCAAAAGAAGAGAGGAAAAGAGGAAGGUAGGAAAAGAGAAGAAAAUAAGGAGGGAUAGAAGGAGAGAAGAGGGAGGGAGGAAAGAGAGAAAGAGAGAGACAGAGAGAGACUGAGAGACAGAGAGACUGAACUGGGGACACUUCAGAAACAAACACUAAGUAACCCACUUCCUCAAACUAGACCUCACCUCCUAAUCACCCGUAACUAUGAAGUUAUCAUUUACUUCAUCAAUGAAGUUAACUCUCUGCUAACGUGGUCUCCCCUCAGUAGUGCCAUCAGCUGAGGGGCACUCAGCUGAGACGUUUUCUAUCCAAACCAUAGCACUCAGUAAAAGUAAGUUGGGUGGAAUGGCUCCUGGGUGUCUAGGAGGUGCAGACCUCGUUACUUGGCAUUUACACAGGGAUCUUUUCUCUCAGUUUUAAUCCAGGACCCAAAUCUUCUAUAAACCACUCUAGCAGUCUCCAAACUCCUUGUUCUCCAUCCAGUACCACCCAGGUUAUCCAUCUCAGUCACAGCCAAACACUUUAAACCCAGCCACAGUUACAAAUGCCAUUCAGAGAUCUCUGUUGGGAGUUAACAACAGUUUUCAGACAGAGAGACAGGGAUGAAGAUCAAUCGGCUGUCCCUGGUGCAUAAGCUGCCAAGUGCCAAGGAGAGCAGUUCAAUAGUCCUGGAUCACUGAUCCCGGCACUCACCUCUCUGCGAAUGUUUAAUAAACAGUUAAUAAAUGAGUUCUGACAUUCUGCAACUGUUGGCUGGUACCAAGUUAAACACAGGCCCCGCCCUUCACGUUGUAUUAUCGCAGCCAUCAAUCAGCCUGGGCGAUCUUUAUAGCAUACUGUUGUAGAUUACCAAUCUGAGACCAUCGGUCCUAAAUGCUCCAUAAUGCUGGCACACGAAUUCUUAGGUAGUGCUGUGAGGUAUGGGGGCCAGCCAUGGUGUCAGUAGAGCAGAGGUGGUGAUGGUAAUGGUAUUUCUUGGUAUCUCCUAAGAGUAGUGAAGUAGCCACGACUGCCAUUACUGUCACUGUCACUCUUGCUGCCGUGCUCUCUAUUCAGAGCAUAGCAAGACCAAAUGACUUGGCAAGAAAAGAAAAUCUGUGAUCACCUGUAGCUAAGUCUAUACCUUUACAGAUCACACACACACACACACACACACACACACACACACACACACACACAGAGAGAGAGAGAGAGAGAGAGAGAGAGAGAGAGAGAGAGAGAGAGAGAGAGAGAGAAACCAUACAUGGGGCCAUGCCCAGGUGCUUUGGCUACUGUUUGAACAUAAAGUGUCAUGAUAGUCCUGCAGAUUUGCCUCCUACUUGUCCUUGUCCCUAACUUUGAUUCUGUCCAGUUUAAAGCAUCCGUUUGUUUGGAGUGGAGCUGAAGUGUGGGAGACUAGGCCAGGGAGAGCCAGGGAGAUUAGCUGUGAGUAAGCUAACUUGUCGACCCAGCAGGAUAGCUCAAACCACAGCCUCACGCUGCCUGUGCUAGGGUCUGUGAAGCCAGUCAGCAGGUCACCCAGUCAUGGCCCUGUGAAAUCCCUCAGCGGUUCAGAGCAGUAGAGGCUGAUUAAACACGUUUAUAUAUAAUUUGAAAAUGGUGCUUUCAGGAAGCAUGUGGUUCUUUAAAGUCAUUUUAAAUGUGAGAUUUAACUUCAGUUUAUUUAUACUAUAGCCAAAAAAAAAAAGAACCCCACCUCCAGCCCAGAGGCCAGUGAUGUAUGGAGUCUUCCAAGAGAAUUGUCAGAGCUAGCUUAUAUAUUUCAGUCUAUCAAUGUGGCCUUUCACAGGUCCUAAUUAGUUUUGUUAGUUGACUUGCAGAAAAGUGUAUUUAAAGUGAGCCGUCAGGCAUUCCACCGAGGGAACCACCACGCUAAUGAAAAGCACACACUGUCGGGAGGCCAGUGGAAGAGUCAGCGGUUCAGUCCCCAAGCACCCCUAAUCUGUACUGGGGCGAUUAUCAUCCCCGUUAGAAAUCACCUCAGUGGGAAGCCUUGGGUGAUUACUUCGGCAAUGAGUAGCCAGGUUUGCACGUUAACAUCCGUGCCACAGAGAUGGUACUGGGGACUCAGCUGACUUUGGGCUACCCCUCCCCCCAGUGAGCCCCAAAGAGAAAAUGGCUCCAAAGGAAAGAGGAUAAUCAAAAAGCUGUAAGUUGGCUCAAUUUUGGCAUGCGUCCCCUUUGUCUAAGCAUGGCUGUUACCCCUCAUGAGGGACAUGUAUUUGAAGCACACCGUCUUCCAGCUUCAAUAACCGGGGCAGGUGUGCGCACACUUUGUGUGCUUUUUACAGGAGAUCGGUGCAGUCUACCAGAAACUGUGGAUGCACGAUUAGAUCCCGACAAUGCACACAUUCAUGCCGAUCAAACCAUGUUCCUUAAAUGGAGGGGCUGCGUUUGCUUUAGCUCCUGCUGAGUUUCCAAGCAGGACCCCGGCUGCCAACAUUUCUAGCUGAGUAGGUUUCUCUGGCGAACAGUUUCCAUUCAUUUGUGCCCUGGGUGAGGACGGAUGGUCCCUUCCCUUUGUGUGGCGGAUGCAAAGCAGCAGUGUCUUGGAUCACCACUCUGGUUUGUCACCACGCCAUGGUAAUCUCGAGAGAGCGAUUGCCACCACCCAACCCUCCCAGCGUCUGACAGUGUUCAGGUGUCGGUUUGUCUACCAUGUGCUGUGGCUCUUUAUGAUGUGGAAGAAAGGGAAAACUUGCCAAUCUGCUUCACUAGUUCGAGCUUGACUCAUGACAUCAGCAGUAGACUAGAACUUAGCUCCUAACCACAUACAAAUAGGUCUCCGGCUGCUGUUUUCGCUAUGACGUCAGUCCCGAUGCCCUGCUCCCCCGUUCAUUAGCUGAUGCACUCCCUGGAGGUGGAUGCCAGGAGAAAGAAUUCGGUUUUGUUUUCCUAAUGCACCAAGUAUGUUUUGAACAAUAGAAAUACUUUUCUAUCAACAGUUUUCUGGCUUCUUGAUUUCCCAACUCGGUUAAUUAGACCUCUGCGUCUGUAUUUCCAGGUCUUUAUUAGAGCACAACAUUACCUACAGGAGAGAUGAUUUCUAAAUCAGGUUGGGUUUCCACACACACACACACACACACACACACACCUUGCUCCUCUCCCAGGAGGCUUCACUCCAUGUCUACAUGCAGCAGCAAAACCAGACCAACCAAAUUAUUCUGUAGUUUGAAGGCAUCUCGGCAGGUCAGGACAGUAGCCUGACUAGUGGAGGGAGAAAGGUGUUUACAAGACCCUAGCGUUGAUACCACCCUGAGAAGCUGAGGGCAUGACUCAGACCUGCCAGGGCUUUGCUUCGGGCCACACUGCCUCUGCAUGUUCCUGUUCAUCUGAUGGGCACGCUCACCCAAGCGCACACAGGGGAGAGAUUAACAUGUGUGGCUGUGUCUCCAUGAGUCAGCAUUUACCUUCUCGGGAGACUGCUUUGUGAUACACAAAAGCCCAUUUGUUAAAAAGUGCUUCACUCCAAAAUGUAGCACAAACUCAAGAAUCCGUGCUUACUCAGGCCCGUCCGUAUCUAGAGACCAGAAGUAGUCAUUAGGGAGAGGAAAAGAAACAAGAAGAAGGCAGUGGUGAGAUCUGCAUGUGACAGGCUUCCGCAGUAAAGCUGCCAUGAGCCACACAGCUAUUUUCUUGGCUCAGAAGCACAUACAAAUGAAAUUGUUGCUGAACAUAUAAGAGAGAAAUUUAAUUAGGUGUAAUCAUAGCACUUUUGAUUUUCAAGGCACUUUGCAAAUGCAAACUAAUUAAUCUUCCAUUAUAUAUCCAAGUGGGAAGGAGGUACAUCUCUCUGCUGUAUCAAGAGGAGCACGCGCGUACAGGGUGCUGGCCGCUCAAGAAUGCUCUUUGUCUUUUUGUCUAUGUCCACUUCUGCUGUUGGCCACACAUUUAAGCCAAACUGAAUGACAGCAACAGGCACUACGGCAUAGCUUAGGACAGUACAAAAUUGUCAGGCUUAGAUGUAAGACCAAGGAAAGGGGCCUUAAUACAGAAAAAUAUAUCUUAAAUCAACACAGGCCCAAAGAUCACAAACUAGAAAUAAAAAAGAAAUAGAGAUUGAAAGAAACAAAUGUCAAUGUCGACUCGCUGAUUUAAAAGUGGGAUAUAUUCCUUAGAACACAGCAGAAGUUCAUGUUAGCCAGUACUGAUCCUUUGGACAAGACCCUAAAAGUUCUGAAGCCCAGAUUUCUCACCUAUGGAUUGUGGGUAUUGGUUAUAGCAGGUGCCGGGGUGGAGGGGGGAUCCUUUGCUCUGAAAUUCAGAUUUCUGUACAAGGCAAAUAAUGAGUCAACAGGCCCUGGUUCUUCUCCGGGAAGGGACUCUGAACACUGUUUCAGCUGCUGAGAAGGGAAAUGGCAUAAAUCUACACACAGUACAUUCAUCCAAUUAGUUCGAAACUCCAACCUUAAUUAAAGAUUCCUUUCUCCCAGCGCUGUACCAAUAUCACAAAUGCAAACAGAGUAGGGGCUUUUUAGUUGGAGCAAUUCAUACAGCUAGCAUUUUUAUGUCUGGAGUCAGUCCAAAUCCUUCCCUGUGUACUGCCACAUUAAAUGCUGUGAGAGGUGUGUGUGUGUGUGUGUGUGUGUGUGUGUGUGUGUGUGUGUGUGUUUACCAUUUGUUUCAUGGAAAUAUUUGUGGGGGUGGGAGGCAAGUGAUAAUUCAGGAUAAUAUGCCAAUUAUAUAAGCCAAGACUACAAAACAUGUCUAGGAUUCCUUCUAUAUUUGGAUCAUAAAAUAGUGUGAUUCUGGGCUGUUUUUGGAAGUGGGAUAAUAUUUUUAGGAAUGAACUUGUGAUAUGAAGAUUAAAAUAAUAUAAAACAUCGGUUUCCAAAUAAAAGUAUACACAACUGGGAAUAUAAGGGAAAGGUUUGUAGGGGAGAGAUUAACUUACCAAGUCAUUUACAGUUAAGCUGCCUAGGUUUCUCUGGCUAGCCAGGCAGCGUUUGCAAUGACACAGCCACACUGAGAAACAAAAAGAAACAAAGGCAGACAAGGUCAGUAGUUUCCCUGAAAUAAGUCAUUAUUUUGGUUGUUAGUGUGGAUCAAUGAAUAUAAACUCCUCUUACUUCAAAGCAAAUAUCAAGAAAAAAAACCAAUGAAUUACGUUACUAAAACAAAUACCGUACUAAGGUAGACAUUUCAAGAGUCAGAUGCUUGUAUUUGCAGGUUGUACACGUUGCAUGCAAUACUUUUAAAGGGAUUUUAAUGUGUUGCAUUUGUAGGGGUGGGUUUCAGGUGAGCAUUUAUUAUGUAACAUUACUAGUUUUGUUGUCGUUAUGGCUAACAGUGACAAGGACUUGAAGUUGACUAACAGAACCGAAGACAAAUCUCCUAUUAUGAGGCAACUGGUUCCGUGAACUCUAAGGCAAGAUAAGGCUGCGGUUUGCUUCCAGUGGCCGUGUUAAUUGUUUGUAUUUCCAUGUCUCCAUGUACCCAGAAUCUUGACAGUCCCUAACCCUUGGCUCUGUGUCUUCACCGCCAGCAGCAGGGAUUCAGACCUUGAGACGUGCACAUCACACACACACAGUAUUCCUUUGCACACUUGCUUUAGUUUACUUCAACUGUGCUGUAGUUUGCUUUCAUAGACCGCUCACUCAUCCUUAGUUAAAUGCAUUCUCCUGGUAUCUUCAACUGCCCUUUAACCCCUUUAUGUCACUCUGUCUUUUCAGGGAAGCUUCUGAUAUGUAUCCCAGGUUGGCUUUAAACACUGAAUCCUCCCUCCUCAGCCAUCCCAACCCUGAGAUUAUAGGCACAUGCCACCGUAACCAGAUGCCUAUCACACCUUCACCUUGUCAAGGCAUCUCUUUGCCAUGCACCUCCCUUUCUGUCUGCCUUGUUACUUAUAGCAUAAUCCCGGACACAAGAAGGGUCUUGGAAUACAGUCAGCAACUCAGCAGUUCUGGUCAACUAUCUUGUUUCUAGCUAGAGAUUUGGCUGAUUUAUGGCAAGUAUUUUUCCAUUGGAUGUGUCUCAAUUUUUUUUUCUUGCUGGUGGGAUUUGAAAGUGUGAUGUAGUCAGGGUGUAGAGAUUAAUUAUUAUUGUGUAGUGAUUACAUUUGUGAAGCUAGAAAAGUUUCCUUCUGUGGCCACCCAAUGGGUAGAUGUCAUUUUUAAUUGACUCAAAUUCUCUCCUAAAGUUUAAUAACAUCCUUACUUAUCAUUUAUUAUUUUAAAAUCUCUAAUUUGAUAUAAAAUAUGUGCUAUUGACAUUAUUAUAAAAUGCACACUGUUAUAUGUAAGCCAAGCUAGAAUGCGUACUAGAAGGGGAAAGGGUGCUGGAUUCUCCUCUAUAAAGGCUCACAGAGAAGUUUAUACUUAUGUUUUGAUUCACACAUCUCACUCCCACACUAAAGUUUGUACUUUUAAUCUUUGAAAGAAGCCUUUUGGGUUUUGGACAGCAAAUUCAACACUUUGCCAAGCUAUAAAAUUCAUAACAUUUAAGAGAAAGAUCAAACUAAAAGGAGGGAGUUUAUAUGCACAAAUAUUUACUUAGUGGAAAUAUCCCUGUUGGAUGGCCUCCCGCUAUUUGAUUCUGGUGCAUUAGAAGAAAGCCUGAGCUAUAAUUUAUUUGUUUUCUCUUUUUAUAUUAUGCUUUUUCAAUUUUUAGAACUUUGUAAAAGUUAUCGCUUUAUAGAGAUACUAUCUGUCUGCCCAUGAUUGACUGUGGAUCUUUACCUAAAUAAAAAAGUGGGCUAGUUAUAUGUUUUCAAAGGUAACUGAAGGUUUAGUCCAUUUUUCCUAGCAUCUAAUUGCAAAUUCUGGUGGUAAUUUCAGUUCCUGUAGUGGUUAAGAACUCAUUUCUGGGGAUGAUGAGGUCUUUAAAAAGACGUUUUAUUGAUAUCUCAUAAAGCAACCUCAGCUGUGUCUGAGUCUGUCUGUCUGUCCAGUAUGCCUUCACACAGACCUUCAGAGGUGUAAAUAUCAUGGAGUCUAUAAUCACAUCUCACUUCUGCACAGCCAUGAAUAUUGUCAUCAAAUGAAGAAGAGCUGCUCACCCUGCUUUUAUUCAUGUGGGUGACAUUGAUCUGAUUUGGAAUUGUAAAAUGUUGCAGAAGAUUCCACAUUGGGUUUUCUCAUCAGCUAGUCUUGAUACCUAGUCUUGAUGCCAUCACUGAGAACCACGUGUGUUAUGAUGCGAGUGGAGGGAACUGUGGAUGAACAUGUAAAGAUUUAGAUAUCUUGCUUUAUUCUUUAUUUGGUUGUUCCUUUCGCAAUGAAAGCAAAUGUCAUAAAAUCACAUUUCCCUGAUCUAUAAGUUUGUGUCUAUGCCCUUCGUAUUUCUCAUUCUCAUGGGUCCCUGACAUAGUUAGACAAGAAGAGACAAAGGACAAUGAAUUGAUAGUAGGAGACAAUGAAUGAGCCCUGGCAUUGAGAAGGGGGUCAGAGGGAAGAAAGUGGAGAGUGUUUGUGGAAGGGACCACUACCUCAUGUCAAGCCCAUCUGAAAGCAGCGUCAGAAGGCGGCUGUUACUAGACAGUGCAGGAAGCUGCGUGCUAAAUCUUCACUGUGGUGGCCCUCACCACCAAACAUUUCCUUGGGUAGGAAUCACACUAGGGCAAGUUCAACAAAGGUUACUUAGACCUCAUAGGGCCAAAAAUUUCCAGGGCAUAAGAUGGAAAUCCUACUGUAUAUUAAAUUAUAUUAAAUAAGGGGGAAAUAUGGUUAUGUUUUAGUAUAUAAAUAAAUAUAAAUAUUUAUGCAUUAGUGUCAUCCCACUGCACUAUACGAAUUUCAGGUGUUUGUUUAGCCAGGGUGCUGUUGACUGCGUGUUAUGCACCAGCUCCUUAAAGUUAUUUGAAAAUCAAGGGCUGAAUAAACAAAUAGUCUGACAAAAAGAAAACAUUCAUUUUUCCAUAUCCCAAGAUUUAUGUUAAAUUCCUCCUUGGUUCUUAGUAAACGGUUCACAUAGCCACCACGCCUCUCUAUCCAGAAAGGACAAGAGGUGCUAAGUGUAGGAGUACACAGCAAACUUCUGAGCACUCAGUAAGACUACAGCUUCGCUUCCAGAUGAUGGCCACUCCAGCAACGAGGAUGGAAUUGCCUCUGUGUCUACCUAAGUUUAAAGAAGCUUUAAGAAGGAAGCGUUCCCCAGGCUCCAUGUUAGCCAGACUCUUAUCCACUAGUACCCAGUAAAAAUGGAAGGAGGGAACUCAUAGCAGAGUUAUGUCUGGGACAGUCUUUGGAGGUAGACUACAUCUUGUUCUUUGAGCGUUGAUAGAGUAUGAAGUUAGUAGAGGGCGUAAGUCCACCUGUCAAACUCAGAAAUGGACACAGAGCAUGUUUUCAGUCUGGGUGCCUACUUUUCCAUCUCCCGUCUAGCGGUUUCUCUUUAGUAAGACAAGGCCAGGUUUAAUCACGUGGAGGAAAAAAAAUCUAAGAAAGUCAUCAAGAACUGUUUGGUCUGCAUCUCAUGGCAACUUUUACAGAGUCAAAUGACUUCAUCCCUGAGGUGCAUUCUCACAUAACCUAAUUCUUGCUGUCCCUCUUUAUUUUCACUGUCACUAUGCAUACCAGACUAGCUGCCGGCAGUACGCCAUAGAAGGUUUUGUAGUGCACAUAGGAGAGAGAAGCUGGAAAGCCUGAGGUGCGUGAGACAGUCCCGUCAAUACAAUCCAGACAUGGUCUUCUUUAUUUACCUUCAUCCCAUCCUUUCGGGGAUUUUUCUUUUAGCCAAAUCUUAACGAGGUUGGACGCAGUUUUAACUCAGCAGAACUUCUGUUUAGAGAUAAUACAGAAUGACGCCUUCCUAAAGACGCCACCGUGUAGCUCACUUAUCGUUUGCCUAAAUAUUCCACAGUGAGCCCGUUUUGCAGAGACUCCAGAGCACAUUCUCCCUGCAAACUGGCGCACACCUGUUUUGCUACCCUUAAUUUUGCUUCUCUCCAUGUUAACAAAAGUUACUUCCAAAAGUAUUAAGCCUUGAAAUUUGCGAGUCUCUCAACUUCUAUACCAAAGUAACUGGCUCUGGGUCAGACUCAGCUCACUUGCCUAAAUCUUGUUCUACCAAAAGAGUUGUUUCCAAGAGAGCAACAAAGUUCAAUCCAUGGUGAGGAGAUCUUGCAUCCACUUGGGUAGAAAAUAGAAGACAAUUUAAUUCCAGUAGACAUAAGAAAAGUAAAAUUAGAAGAAAAGUCUUUAAGAAAAAUGUUUCAGAAAUCCUUAAAAUGUUUGAAAAUCAAUAGAUCAGUGUACUCUUGGGUGCUCUAUGAAUAAAGUUUAUAGAGUCUUGGAAUUUUAGCCAUUAGAAGCCCAGUACUGGUUACUUUUCUAUUGCUGUGAUAAAAUACCAUGGCCAAGGCAACGAAUAGAAGAAUUUAUCUGGGUUUCAGAGUCCACAAGGUGGAGAAGCUACAGUCCUGGUGGUAGGUAUCAGGAGACCAGCGAAAGCAGAGGGCUGAGUUCAUAUCAUCUUGACCAAUCCCAAAUAUACAGGAGAGGCAGCUCUUAAAAUGGCAUGGGAUUUUAAACUCUCAAAGCCCAUCUUCAGUGACACACUUCCUCCAAGAAGUCAGAUCUCCUAAGCCUCCCCAAACUAUGUCACCAACUGGACACCAAGCUGUCCAAUACAUGAGUCUUUGGGAAGACAUUCUCAUUUAAACUACCAUGGUUCCAUGUGGGUCGAGAUGCAGACAGGUCUCUGAGUUGUAUGUAUCACGGUGGGGGUGGGGUUGGUGAAGAAGAUUCUACAGGUUCAUACCAGGAAACAGGGGACAUGAAGUGCCCUGAGAAAGGGAAGAUCUCUCUUACUUUACUCUGAAUGGAAUGAAGCACAGAAUAAUGCAGAGAAAGAACUCAUGGGAAAUGGAAGAGGUUUGAGACCCAGAAGGUUCAAAAUGGUGGCGGUGGUGAUGGGAGACACAGCUGGUCCCUCAGUCUUCUGGUCAAUGCAGAAGUAAGAUGAUACUCCUUUUUAAAAACCUAUUAAAAGUUAUUUGAUCUAUCCUGUGUGCAUGAACGUGUGUGUGUGCACGUGUGUGUGUGUAGGCACAUGCUUGGCAUGUUUACACUCAGAGUUAUGAGGACAACUCUAGGGAGCUGGUUCUUGCUUUGCACCAUGUUCUGUGGUUUUUAUUCAGUGAGCGCUUUUACCUCCUGAGCAACCUGGGAUGACACUGUUGAAGAUUUUUUUCCAAACACUGUAGAGGAGGUGAAAGAUUCCUAGAAGAGGCCUCGCCUCGGAACUGAGUUAUAACAAUUACCCUACUGCAUUAGAAACUUUGGAGCAGGAAAGGUGGUUAAGUUUCAGGAUUACAAAGCUUUCUUUGGGGUAGAAUGAAUUGCUUUCUAGCCAGGGAUCUCUUCCUGCUCGGAAGACAAAUGGGAGACCUUCUAAGGGUUGUGUGGGUAUCAUUGUCACCUGCCUGGACUCUCUUCUAGCUUGGGUCCCACAAUUGUAAUUUUGAAGUACUCACUUUCUGACAAGCAUUCAGAGGGACCAACAAACCCUGAAAUUUGCUUGUAAAUCCAAUCAAGCCCCACCAUUCACAUCCCUACAUGGAGAGACCCCUCCCCUCAUCAGAUGUUAGCCAUAUAUUGUCUCAGAAGGAAGUGGUUUCCACCUGCUGGUAAGAUCUGAAUAUGGCAGCCUUUGCUGAGGAUGAUCUGCAGUCUAACCCAUCUCCCCAGAAGCUUCUUUCUUCUUCCAGAAUAUACCAAAGAUUCUCUCAUGCAAACCCAGGGAGUGUUGACCUCUAGCCACGGGUAAAAAAAUCAGUCCUCUGGUUCACUUAAGGAAGUGUGUGUGUCUUGGUAUGAAUGAUAAUGAUUUAAAAUAUGAUAUUCAUUUUCUUCCUUUUUCUUUGCUUUUAUUGAAACUCAGUUGGAUAAAUCAGUCUGAAGCUGUACCCUUAUUUACCAGAUAUAUGUUUUGCUUGUAAGCCUUACACACAGAUAAAAACCAAAACCAACCAAACAAAGGAGCAAAGAACCCAUGUCCAGGAGUCGCAAAGUCUAUGUCGGGUGGAAGUAGUAAAAUAGUUUAGCUAACUACAUUUACAAGGGUGGAACCAGCCCUCGGAGUUAAGUCCUUAUUAAGAAGCACCAAGGAAGUGUCCUGGGGGACCUGACUGACAUGUAAUUUUCUGGUCUCCAUGGGGACAAGUGAAGAACAACCCUGGCCAAAAUAAAGAGGCCCAUUAUGUGGUUGAAUAGGACAAUUCAGGAAGAUGGAAACUGGAUUGAACUUAAAGGAUGAGUAGGGUGAUCGCCUCUCCCCUCCAGCAUAAAAGCCAUAAAUUUCCACUGCACACAAGGGGCCUGUUGGCCAUGUUGAAAGGGCAGCAAGCAACAGUGUGCCCAGAGAGAAUUGUCACUAGCCAGGGACUGCUAGGGACCUGCAGUAAUUUCUUGAUCUCCUAAGAGCCCCAUUCUUAUGCCUGCUCAAAAUUUCCACAAAGAGGCAAAGGCAGUGGAAAAAGGGCAGCUGUGAGUGGACAGAAGAGUCCAGAUCACACACUGUGGCUUCAGCUUCCUGUCAGUCUAUUCUGUCUUCAGCAUACAACUGUGGCUGCUGGCUAAUUGGAGGAGUGAGCUUACCUGGUCAUCUGUGGUAGCCCAUCAUCCUGGGGGCAUCUGCAUCCAGGAACUAGAACGCUUACCCCCGUUACAAAAGCCACUGCUGCCUAAGAGCAAAGGACUUGUAAGGACUCCUCGAGUACUGCCCCAAAGCAUCUUCCUUGGGGAGGCUUCCUGAUUAUAGUGAAGGGGACGGAAUGAAGUCUUCCUGCUUGAAAUGAGAGGGUGCACUAUGGAUCCUUCACAAUGGUCCACAGUUCAUCCCUUAGUCUACUCACUGGGUUUUCAUGACAUGAAAAAUAACCAAGUAAAAGAAGAGAGAAAAUCCAGUUAUGGCAAAAGUGGUUGCAUCCACCCAUAGCGAUGCUGGAAACUGACCAUCCAUGCUGUUCUGUUGAAGUGAAAUCAAAGGCAAACUAUUAACAGCGCUUUUUAAAUUGUUCUUUCUGUGAUAAGUAAUUCCUGUCUCAUGGCAGGAAGAAAAGAAAAGAGGGAGGGAAUGAGGGAAGGGAAGGGGAAGGAGAUGAGAAAAGGAGAGAAAGGGAAAGAGACGGAGAGGAAACUAUGUAGUAGUUAAACGGGAGAGGGAAGAUGGGAGUAUGUGGAGCAAAUAGCACACUCUUUUAAUUACAGUGUGACUGUCAGAAGCUCGCACCACAUGACUCUGAAUUAACUGUGCACUUGAAGUGUGUGUCCAUGUUCCCAACAAUCAAAGCAGGACAACUAGAUAAAAAGUUAAUUGAUUGUGUAAUCUUCUCAUAAACGAACUGCGUGACAAAGUAUGGCAUAGUACAACUGCAAAUCAUGCAGUGAGGUUUGCUGCUCUCGUCCAAAUACUGCUGGAAAGCUCUGUAUAUUGUUUUUAAAAGCAUCAGAUAGUCAGAGGACCAAAAAGAAAAGCUCUUCCACUGAGAGGUCACUUUUGGAUCAAUCAUCUACAUCCUGACGAUUUUUUUGACAGAUGUUUUCUGUCCUGUGAGAAGAUUGUAUGAGCUAGUCUCCAAGGUCCUGAUGGUUCAUAGAGAAGCGUGGGGCUCUUCCUUCUGGGAAGAAAUGCAAACUUGUUCAUGAUCACUGUCUCCCAAACUUCCUAGGGGAAAAAUUCAGGGUCAAUGCAUGCUUCCUUGUCAAGGGAGCCAUGUUGGAAUACGAGGUUCAUAGCAGUAUCUGGGCUUGUCUUCUGAGCCCCUCCUAAUGAAGCAUGUGCUCACAGGUGAUUCUGAGCAAGCUGUUUCUCCUGUGAGGACCUCACCCAUCGUAGCUUGGAGGAUCAAGACAUCUGCCUGGCGAGUUACUGUGUGAAUAUGUAAAAUGAUUCUUAUGGGGUUCCUGGUACAUGUGAGAAGCCAGGCAGACCUUCUCAUACCCUGCUUGUUUGGUGUGGGCAUUUUAUGUAUGGCCCUUCCAGAAACUUCUCUGUGUAUUUUUACAUGGUAACUGCCUAAUUCAACAACAAAAAGUAUCUGUGUGAAGGCCCAGACCUGGAACUUCAUAAUGUUUGAAACAUCAACUGCCAAUUUUCUGUGCCUGUAAUAUCUAAUUUAUAGCUCCCUCGGGUGUGUGGGUGUGUGGAUGAAAGGUUGAGGCUAAUCUCACAAGAGAGGGCUUUUUUUUUAAAAAAAAAUUGUUACUUGUUUCUUUGGUUGCUUGAGAAAGGAUUCAGUAAGUGUGUUCUUUGAGUGAAAGGGCGUCCUAGUCCUGUUCUACGUGUGUGAUGUGACAGUAUUUUCUUUCUUCCUCUACAUAAAUUUCUCAUGAGGGAAAGUCACCCUUUUCUCCUUGGCCCGGUGAAAACUGGACAGCAAGGAACAGCUGGCUGUCCCCUGAAGCUCGCCCACACUUCGAGGCAGCCGUCUGGCUUGGCAGCCAGGUCCAGCUGUGAAGGGACACAGGGUGGUUUCACUUCUAAAAACCACCUCCUCCAAAGGCAGACUGGUGGAGUCUCCUGCACUUGGCAGACUGUCUCAAGAGGGAAUUCGCUUCAGACACUGACUUGGGACCUGGUGGCUCUCAUUAAAAUCAAGUUCCAAAUAAUAGCCAAAAGGCAGUGACAGAAGACUGAAGUCACAGCAGAGUGAUAGGCAGAGACAGGCUGAGGGGCAAUGGCUGGGGUAAAACUGGGGGCAGGUAGCGGGGAACCUAGGGCAGCCACAGAAUGGGAAGCCUAGGUCAGCAGCAGCAGAGGUGGGAAGCUGUCUCCGAGGCACUGACCUCAAGGCCACGGCCAGUGUACCCACCGAUGGCAGAGCUGACCUCACAAAGGAAAUUCCCCAUCAUCCUACCAAGCACCAGGGAAGAAAGGAAUGCAAGUGAUUAGGGAGUCUGGAAAGAGUUUGAUUUGAAGCUGAAUGAUUCCCCCUCUGCUGAACCCCAGUGCCAACCAGGGAUCAUUGGAAGUUAUCCUAACCACACCCAUCCUGGGUUCACAGUAUUCUUGACAGCAGAAGCUAUUCCUUGUAAAUGACUUCUUCAAGCAGAGAUGGGAGAAUGUUUCUGAAAAUAUAGUCACAUGGCCAUGUGGUCAAUAGUCCAGGAUUUAUGGACACAACUCUAUAGCAACUACCAAGGUCUCUUAGCCACAUGGCUGCGUUGCAAUAAAGUUUUAUUUAUAAAGGCAGACAGUUGGCCAGAUUUGACAUGAGAGGCAUUGUUUGACAAGUUCUAUCUUAACUCUAUCUCUUUUCUUGAUUUCCCUCUUUGGGUUUGGCUUAAUGGCUAGCCCAUCUCACCCCCCACAGUGUCGGGCUAGGCCCCAGGAGACUCCACUUGGGUGAGGGACUUCAGAAGGCACUGAAUUCAGGACUGAGUUUUCGAAAGGAAAGUUGGCCAUCGAGAGCCCCUGCCCCCCAAUCUUUUCCCAGCAUCUUUCACGUCAGUUUCUAUACACCAGGGCUUUACAGUGUGCAUGAAGAUUUAAGCUGGAAGCUGGCCCAGGUCAUUUCUCACACUUAGGGGUUAUUCAUUAACUGAUAGACUUACAGAGGGAACUUUCAUAUUCUUGACAACGGAGAAAUUCUUUCAUCUUCUGCCCUUUUUAUAAAGGGAAAGGUCACCCUCAUGAGUUGUUUCUUGUGUUGAUUUAGUUCCUAAUUCACAGUGUCUGUCAAGAUUGGAGAGUUUUCUGGUUUCCAUCAAUAAGUCAUUUUCACAUUUCUGAAUUGUGGGCAGACCCCAUGGUCACUGUAGGUAGUAGCCUACACUGGGCAGAAACAAUAAAUAACCGAGCUCAGCCCCGUUCUUCCACACUCAUUUGUCAGGGCCAUGUCACUCACUCACUCAAACCUUCAUUUCCUGGGCUAUAAACAGAAUUAUCAAAGGCCACGCAUCAUUCACAAAGCUGUCUCUAGGUCCUUUUCAAAGCAAGCUUCUCCACGGCCUCUCCUCCAAGGCCCUGCUCGCUCUUUUGAGAACUCUCCACUCACAGUGUGGACACUCGUUAUUCAGAGGCUUGCCCUUACCAUAUGGUAUUGCAUAAUUAUUUUCCCUUUAGGUGUAAUUAUGGAAUUGCCAGCCCCUUGGCUCUGUUUUGCAUUAUUUCACACGUAUUUUCUCGUUUUGAUUUAAGUCUCGGUGCGCCAUGCCAUAAAUCAGCAGAGCGGGGGUGGGUAACGAGAGGACAUCAAAACACAGCCCCCACUGCUAUAGAAAGUUUCACAAGUGACACUCCAUAACUCAAACGCUGCAAACCACGGGGUAGUCAGAGCAGGGCAGUGUGACAGUAUGAGCUGUUUUCGUUAAUAGAGAUGAAAUUAUGGGUGUGACCUGCUGGCAGGCCUCAAACAGACUUCAGCGAGCUGUUUGCUCAGCUGUCCUCAGCAACAACUUAAUACUUUGUGGAUAAAAUUGUUCUCCCAGCAUCUCAAGUGGUAUAUUCCAGGGGUCCCAAUUUGUUCUCACUAUUAAGAAGCAGGAACAAGUUUGCAACCCCUCCAAUGGCACUCGGAGACUCUGGUCAUGUUUUGUUUUCAAUGUAUCAAGCUUUCUACACCACAGUCCAUGAAAAUCUCCUUGUUUUCUCCUGCGUCUGCCUGGAGAAAAUCUGCACGAAGCUGAAACCUAACACGCUCUGUGUGACUUAAAGACGCUGUGUAUUCCCUCGUGCCGAAAGGGCCUCGCCAUUUUUCUUUACCUGCAUGGUUCUUUUUACCAGAAACCCUUCCCUGGCUCCCUGCAUGUAGAACCUCAAGUCUCUGAGGCUCCACUCAGACAACUCCUAGUAGUCUUCCUUCCAUCUCUAGCCCCUUUCCAACAAAAAAGGGCUCCCUCCACCCCCAAACCCGACCCCUCGUGUAACCUACUCUUUUUCCUUAGUAAUCAUACAACGUUUAAGACAUGAGAAACUGCACCAGAAAUGAUGCAGCAAUCCCCUGCUGGAGUUCUGCAGUGCAGAAGCCCCUGGGAAUUGAAGUUAGCUAUUUACCAUUCUCCCGGGUAUCUUUGCCUUCUCCGUUAUGCAUGUACAUUCCUUAAUUAUAUAUAAAUCUUCAUAAGUAGCUUUUUACACUGUGCAUACUUUUCCUAAAGUUUUUGAUGACCUUGUCAAUUCACAACAUUUAUUAGAUUCAUUGUGCUGACUGGUGUACUUAAUUCAUCAGCCCUAUUGGAUGGAUUUCCAUCGUCUAAGUUCAUCAGUCAUUCCUUUUGCAUGUUGGUAAAAUGUUUUCAUAGAUGCCAUAUGCUUUUUUUACAUUUUCACUCUUUGACUUUUAUAACUUGAAGAUUUGUUUGAAGCAGCUAGUACACAACACGGUGGGUGGCUUACCUCGAAUUAAUUGGGUAACACGGGAUGUGACUACUUAGAUUUGCUCACAUACAAUUCUUAACGGAUCCCCACGACGUUUACUACUUAUGCCAUAGGGUGAAAUAGUUGUGUGUGUAAUUCCUUUUCCUUCUGUCUGCUGCCCUCCUGGGCUCCCAGUAGGUGUCCUUGCAUUAUCUCUUGUUUAACAUUAAAUCCCUGCACGAUAGCCAACAAGUAUUAUUGCCAAACAGGGAAACUGAGCACAGCCCCACCAAAAGCUGAAACAGAACUCGGCAUCGGAUACUGUGUAUCUCUUAGGUAGGUUAUUAAGAAGUUCUGCCAAAAAAUUAUUGACACUUAACAGAGCAGGGCAUUUAUUGUUUUAAACUAUGUUUCCAUCCAAGUGUGUUUAGAAAACUGAAUCUUUUUUAUCUGGGACUCGAAACUUCUUUGGGAUAAUUUUAAAAUCUUAGAAUCUCUGCUUCUCACCCACCACAGCUGUUAGGAGAAAGCCAAUCACAGAGCUUGAUUCUUUCGAGUGUAAAAUCUGCUCUUCCAAAGGGCACAGUCCUCUUAAAAAUAGUCACAGAGCUGUGCAGCUCUUAACUUUACCUAACUGCAAAAUAUACUUGUGUCCCCCAAAGAACCCUCUUAUUCAUCUGUCGCCGCCUGUUCUGCCUCCCUAGAUCUCAUCUGCUGCUUGGCCUUUUGUGCCGGUGCCUGUUUGGACAAUGUUGCAGAAAUGGAACUGUAUCAGAGGGAUGAAGGGGCUGCCUCACUCACUUGGGUAGUGUCCUCCAGCUCGCCUGCUGGGGAGCACCUGUUAGUACUCCUUCCCCGCUUGUUGUCACACAGUAUCCCAUCGUGGCUGCCCUACAUUUGAUUCAUGUACUUUUCAGUUCAUCAAUUGGCCAUCUGGCUUGUUUCCAUGUCUCAGACUGUUUUGAAUAAUGCUGUAAUGUACAAGUUAUUGUGAACAAGGAUUUCCAGUCUUGUGGGGCUCUCCCUGGGUGCAGAAUGGUGGGCCAUGUGGCAACUGUGUUAAUUUUCUGAGUCUGAGGCUUUAUUGAACUGAGGCCUAAAGGAACUACAGUAUUCUUAACUUGCACAUUACUGUGGGAGACACAGCAGUCCAAAGCAUUCUUAACUGUUACUAUUAUGGUCCCUAAUUCAACGAUCUGGAUUUCAAAACCAUUUCUGAACCUCUUCUUAUUUCCAACCUGGAGCCACACCCCUUCCCCUAACGAUAUGAAUACUGCACCUGCAUUCUGUGAGCGAUGUAGCCUGGCACUACCUUGUAUCUGUACACAAACCUCAGAUUUAUAGUUUCGUUGUAAGGGACAUCCUGACAACAGUUUCCAUCUGAAGUUUGUUUUCUCUAAAUGACUCUGGUUAAAAAAUAUUGCUAGAAAAAUAGCAUCUGGUAUUUUUAUACAGAGAACUUUUCUAUAGCUACAUUGCCUUAAGAAAGCAGGUAAUCUCUAACCUGAAUAAAAGAGAAAUCAGUCCACCAGAUACCACAGAAAUCAAUCAGCACAAGGAUAGAUUAAUCUGCUGGCCAGAUGUCUGCCAUGGGAAGUUGUUGGACUUGUGAAUUGUCACAAUUUUGAGGUGUUUUUUUUAUUGCAAAAUAUAAAUCUUCACAGUGUUUCUUUUGAACAAUGUUGAUGCUUGGUGAACCUCACAUUUUGUAAUAUUUUAAAAAUUAUGUAUUUGUUGUUAAAAACAAUUUUUG